AUGCUGUGUAGAUCUUGCAAGGGCUGUCAUGUUUGCAAACUGCUGAUGAAGUCAAUCAGCCCAGUUAGGUUAAUAUUCUCUGUGCCAACAGUUGCCAGGAAAGUAUCUACUUUGUGAUGUAAGCUUAGCCCAAAAUGUUGCUAUGGAAACUAAUUCACUAAGGAUGCUUUAGGAAAAGGAGCAGAAAAAGACACAACUUUGUCCCUUGACCCUGGCUGGAGGUGGUGCCAUCAAAGUGUCUGCGUGCUUCAGGGAGAAAAUCGGGCAGUUCUGGGACUGGUGCUGGAAAAGACAAUAAGGCCUAACUUGCCCUCUGUGAGAACCAAACACUGGCGGUUUGGGUGAUGCCCCUAGAACCUUAAUGGGGUCUCUGGUGGAGUGUUAAUGUUGGGAACCCCUCCAUUUCCGUUCAGCCUGAAUAUAUAUGUAAAAUAAGCCUCAGACCAUUGAGAAAGCCACCAGCCUCCAGUAAACCUUUGAUCAAAGGAAGCCAGAUGGAAGGUAUGUCCUGAAACACUUGGGCUGCUCAGAGCCUGGGGGGUGGAGAAUGAUAGGAUAUUUAGAAAAAUGAAAUAACUUGCCCAGGGUGCUGCCAAUGAUCUGAAAGGCUGCCUCCAUUCCUACCAACCUUUUCAGGAGUUAAUAUUUGCAUGGGGGCAGCCUCUUGUGUUAGUUCCAUCCACCAUCAGAAGUGUGGGGAAUGGAGGGUCUUCUCGGUAGUGGCACCCGUCCUGUGGGACGCCCUCCCACCAGAUGUCAAGGAGAAAAACAACUACCAGACUUUUAGAAGACACCUGAAGGCAGCCCUGUUUAGGGAAGCUUUUAAUGUUUAACAGACUAUUGUAUUUUAAUAUUAUGUUGGAAACCGCCCAGAGUGGCUGGGGAAACCCAGCCAGACGGGCAGGGUAUAAAUAAAUUAUUAUUAUAUUAUUUACCGCUGAAGAUUUCAUAUUUUUUAACCCUGACAUUUUUGUCACGCUCAUCUCCUUUUGCUGAAGUUUAAACUGUUCUCCAUCUGGAACAGUACCUGCAUUGCAGAGGGUUGGACUAGAUGACCCCUGGGUUCCCUUUCUAACUGGGCUUCUAUUAUCAUUUUUUUUUAUAAUUGCAUGCUAUAUGGCUGUCACCACCCUGGGACCUUCUUGUGAAGGGCAGGUAAGAAAUCUUAAAAGGGAAGAGGUGUGUGCAAAGAGACAUUUUUCUGGGACUUAGGCUCCUGGGCCUCAGUUUGCCAACAUCUAACUAAGGAGGGGGGAAGGCAUGCAGCAGGAGGAAGAAGCUGGAGACCACCUCCCCAAAGGUGGACAAAGACAGCAAACGGGGCCUUGAGGGAGACGGACUCACAGCUGAGAAGACUUGGGAGACACGUACAAGAAACAGGGGUGGAGAAAGCAGAAAUCUGGCAAACCCUGAAGGCCAGCAGCCCCAUCCCCUUUGCUCCCAUCCCCAAUUUCAUGAGAGAAACUGGGAGGCCUGAAAGAUGGAGCGUGGCCAGGGACAGGACUAUUUGCAGGAGUGCACAAUUGCAGAGCAGCUACAGUCUUGCAUCCUACGGAAACUCCAUGCACCCCAACUGCCAUGAUGUACGGGCCUCGCCAGGAUGUGCCCCAACUGCCAUGAUGUACAGGCCUCACCCAGCUGCAGCCAACCCACCGGGAAACCCAUCCUAUCGAGCACAAUCCGGCCUUGGGCAGCUGGGCCCAUGACAUCCCCUACGGUGGGCAAAAGCCAAACUCAGAAUGUCAGAAUGACAAAACCUCUGGAACGACUGAGGCACCUUCAAAUAUGUAGUGUGAUUUGUUGGCUGAGAUCAUUUACUUUCAGAAGCAGGCACUCUGGUAUGGCUUCCCUGUAUCACAUACGCAGCCCAACAAGAUAACAAGAAACCACUGACGGCACAUGAAUCAAUAUGACUCAACCUUUCCCACACACAGAUGCAAACAAAUCUCACUGCAGCCAACUAAAGACAACCAACCACGCCCUGCCCCCAACCUCUCUCACUACUACCAAGGAAAAAUAUAAUAAAACGGAUAGAAAGAGAACCUGCCCAAGUGACACGGGCAUAAAACCCCACAGACACACUUAGGUAUUAUUGUCCCAACCCCCCCCCCUUCUUCCCCAGCCUUAUUCUGUAUACAACAAUAACCUUUUGUACAUAAUGUUUUUACAUCAAAUAUAAAAAAGACUCUGCAACUUGAAAAAGAGAGAAUGCACGUUGUUUUGUAAACCAAGGAAAUCUUUAAUAUAUAUGUUUUUAAAGGCACACCUAUGUUGAUACAGCAGAACCAGCAGAUAAGUUUUGAGUGAUAAUAUUACAUGUUUUAUUUUAAUUAUCCCAUAUUUAUCCACGUUUGAUAACUUUUUACAAUGGGAGUGGUGAUGUAAUGGGACGUUGAGGGACCUGCACAGUUCCUUGGGGCUGUUUUCAGUUCAUGUGAAGGGUCUUAGAGGCUCCUCUGAAAAUUCCAUUCAUUGAUUGCCCCUCAUCCAAAAAUUUCAGGGCAUAAAAAUACAAAACAAAAACAAAAAAAAUACAGAAUAAAAACAAGGGGGGAAAUCAAUAACCACCCCCCUCUCCCACAAAAACAUUCAAGGCCUCAGUUCACAAGGAACGUUUUUCCUUGGUAUCUAUAGGUAGUAUAAUGAAGCCACCAGGUGAGCCUCACUUGGGAGAAUAAAGCCCCUUUUAUUUUUUUAUUUUUUUUUAAAAAAUUCCUCAUUCUUGGUGCCUGUUGGUGGACCCAGAAACAUGGCACCAUUUCCUUCAGCCCUUUUCUUGGAAAUGCAGGCAGGGCACUGCUAGAAAGCAGGAGGGAGGGCAAUGUCUUCCACUCCGAAUCUCUCUGUGUAUGUGUGUUGGGGGGCAGGCAGGGGGCAGAGAGAGUUAAAGGCUUAUGUCCUGGUUAUAGAAGAAACCUUUUUGCCUGCUGCCUAAAAAAAUAUGAUGGUAGUCCCAGUGCAACUAUACAACUGUGAAGCCUUUUCUAUCUCUGGUAAUUGACUAGAGGAUAAUUUGUCUGUGAAAGAAAGAGUUCUGCGUCUUGCCAGGGAGAUUGAGAAUUCUAAGUUCCUUUUAUCCAUUUUUUUGUUUUAGAUCCCUUUUUCCAGAUUUACCCCAGUGAGGGGUAAAUUAAAGGGCAGGGCAGGUGCUUGAUGAAGAUACCAAGUGUUGACGUGGGUCUGAGAUGGAGAGAGAGAGAGAGCCCACAGUCCAUUGGGUGAGGCCUUGGCCAAAUCUGACUUCACAAUGGGCUGUGGAAUGUUUUGCUUCCCAGGAAACCAGGUGAGUUGUUUGAAAGAAUCCUGAGAUCAGUUAAAAGCUCAGUCAACUGUCUCCUUCAGAUCAGUUGACACCAGAGAUGUCUUGCUGCUUUAGAGAACUGUCUUUUUUUGGAUCAGUUGACAGUGGAAACAUCUGUCUCCUUCGGACAACUAUCUUUGGCUCAGUUGAAAGCCCAGAGAAUGGUAUUCUGCCUCCCUUGCUGCCACAGAAGGUAAGGUAAGCCAAAGUGAACUUCUGCAACCAAAGAGGAAAAUGAUAUCACAAUUAUACAGCUUGCUCCUUGAAUGGGAACUGAAAGAUGAGAUAAUAAAAGAACCAAUGAUAAAAUGGUCACAAGAGCUGGGCCAGACAGAUGGGAAAGAUUAUGGAAAACUGAUAUAAAUUUUACAGUGUGCUAUUCGAUUAAGGAAAAUAUAACGAAGAUGUUUUACCGCUGGUACCUCACCCCAGUGAAACUAUCAAAAAUGUAUAAAAAACAAUCAAAUCUCUGUUGGUGGUCACGAUAUAUCAUAUGUGGUGGGGGUGCAAAGUGGUGAAACAAUUCUGGAUUAUGAUGCAUGAAGAGCUUUAAAAUAUAUUUAGGAGUUCAAUCUUUAAAAAACCAGAGGCAUUUUUGCUGGUUUUAGUACUGAGUGACAUUCCUAAGGAUAAAAGGAAUGUAUUCCUUUACGCAACCGCGGCAGCCAGAAUCGUAGUGGCAAAAAAUUGGAAAACUGAUAAAAUACCAGAAUUAUUAGAAUGGAGAAUCAAAUUUCUUGAAUUCAUGGAGAUGGCAAAAUUAACAGCAUCAACUAGAUGCUACUCUAAUCAAAAAAAUAAUAAAGAGUGGGAAUGUGUUUAGGGUUAGGGUCAGUGUAAAUGAAAACAUGAGACUUAUGGUUUUGUUACAUAUUAUUUUAUUUUGGAGUUGUCUGUUUAUUUUGGAGUUUGUUGUUGUAAAGAAUGUAUAUUAUGUGAAUAAAAUAAAGGAAGAAAAUCUGGGAUUAAAAAAAAAAGAAGGUAAGAUAAGCAGGGAAGAAGGGAGACAUGCUGAAGCCUUGGUCGUCCCCCCACCGCAUGAGCAGUUUUAAAAGUUGCUCCUUGGUUAUUUGACCUUCAUAAAUGCCAUGCUUGCAGGGAGUGUUCUGGUUAAUUUUCUGAGGGGUUUUUUUUGGGGGGGAGGGUGGUUGUCUCCAUCCAAAUGACAGGAGAAUUACCAACUCCCCCUCAAAAAAAAAAUCAGUAAAAUGCUCCCCCUGUCCCCAAUUUCACCACCCACAAAUAGGAAUUUCUAGGAGCUCGUUUUUCACUCAGCCCUAAAAUACACACCCUACCUCUGCAGGGCUCACACCUGCACCCUUAAGUACUCCUUCCCUCGGGUGCAUUGCCAGCACCUUGAAUUAGUUUCUCAACUCCCAAUUCCUAUCAGUCCUAGACAGCAGAUCCAAGAUGUCAGAUGUCAUGGAGUAGGGGGAGGAGGAAAAUUAGAAUCUAGACACAUAAAACAGAAUGAAUUAGCAUCAUACCAUUGGAUAACUAGUCAGGAGUUUGUCCUGACCCUGAUUGUGAAUUGCCAAAAGUAGCCUCUCACUGUCAAGUGUGGAAAGUGGACCAAAGGACCUUUUUAGGAAAGCAGACCCUGGGAUCAGUUCUGCACUCAAAAUGAAAAAUUGUGUCACUGUGGAAAGAGAAGUGACUGGCUGUGACCUUUGUCUGUUUAAAAAAUUGUGGUGACUUAAUGGUGCCGCUCUCGAGGCUUCACCCAGGGCAAAAAACCUGGCUUGCCCCCCUCACUCCCAUAGCUCUGGGUCAUAACUCUUUGUGGAGCACAUGCGCUGCAUGCAGAAGUUCAAUCCCCUAUGGCAUCUCUAGGUAGGGCUGGGAAGGAAAGACUCCUGCCUGAGGCUUUGGAGAGCCACCUGCCGGUCAGCAUGGAGGUGGACCAAUGAUCUGACUGGACAAGGCAGCUCCUUAAAGUCCCAGCAAGGGUGUCUCUUUGGGCAUCGCUCCCAGUCCAGGAAGAGAGCGGGCUCCAUCUCUCUUUGAAAGGCAGAACCCAACUUUUUUAAAAAAAGGCAGGGGGAAUCUAUUUUAGCUGUGUUGUUUCCAAACCCUGGUGGGAUUUGGCCUCUGUCUGACGUUCCUCCCCUUUCCGCCUUCUUUGUGCACAGCUGUUUAUGAUGGAGGCUUCUCACCUGUGGUUCCUGCACAUCUCAACUGUCCUCUUCUACCACUUCCCCAACCUUGGAGAGUCUCUAAAGAUCCCAACUAAGGCUGCUUCUGCUUCUCAGCUGGAGACCCUCCAGACCGUUGUGCAGGCCAUGCCUCAUUGUGGGUGGUUCAUGAGCAGAGGGAAACGGUCCCUCUCCCCAGCUCAUAGGCCUCGCUCAGGAGGAAAAUUGGAGGACAGCACUAGAUGAGCCCUGCAGCAACUGGAUCAGGCCCAAGGAACCCUGCUAGAGUGGCAGCCUGUUCUCAGAAGGGCCUACAAGCAGCAUGGCAAGAGGCCAAUGAUAAAAAGGGAGACCAUAAAACCAUGUUUCCUUGUUCAAAGGUGGGAAACUGCACAGGCCAGCCCUGGUGUGUGUAUUCUUCCUCCGUCUUGUCUCUCUUCAGAUCCACAAGUGCUCUACCACUUCAUCGACACUUCAGAAGUGCCACCCUGGGUAUAUAAGCUGGUGGUGUCCAGCCCUUCAGAAAGGAGGCAGGUACUUACUCCACAAAUGGAUCAGAUCUGGAGCCAGACUAUUCUCCGUGUGGCUGUUGCACAUUCAUCCUCCACUUCCCUGCUUUUUCAGUCAUGGAUGUUUCUUGCUAUUCGGCUGCUUGCUGUCCAGCUGUGGGCGAAGCUUGACAAGAUGCCUUCAGCCUGAGUUUGGGAAGGUUUUGAAGCUCCCACCAUAGUCCUUCACCAAGAGGAACAGACAGCAGCCACCCCAUAAGAAGGGAGCAGCCCCCGCAAGAGACGAGAGCAUCUCUAUACUCCCAAGUAUCUGUUUCUUUAAAACAUAUUAGCAUUUUUUCUUUUGUUUUAUUAUUAUUUUUGCUUUUAAAUUACUUUAUUGAACUUAAAAAAAUAACACAAAAUCAAAAUUAUCCAUAACAAAUAAACAUAAAAGAAUUGUCAAUAUCAAUCACACUUGAACAGUCGUCUUCUAGUUCCAUUGACUUCCCGCCAACUGCAUCUAACUUUAAAUGUAUAUUUAUCUAGUGCACUGUGUCUAUUUUAACUAAUUGCUUAGCCAAGAUACUGUACUUUCUUAAACUUGUUCGAUGUAUAACAGAAGCUAUUCAAAGGCUGCCACAGACUUUAUGUUGUUGCAAUCUUUUAUGUAACUUUUAAAUAAACCCCAUUUAUUGAAAAAUCAUUAAUGUUUUCAUUUAUUUUCUAAAUUACAGUAGUAGCACCAAUGAAACAACAAAUUGUCCAACAACAAACAACUAAAAUUUGUCCUGGUAUUUGUACAGACUUGUAUCAUUAUAAUAAAGUUUAAUUUUUUAUACUUUUUAUUAGUUUUACAUUUUUAAUUUUACAUUAAAACAUAAGGUACAAUAAUAAAAUACAUAAUUCUCUGACUUCCUUCCUCCCCUCCGUGGCCACUAGCAUUUUCUUCUGCAUCUCAUACCAUCCUCCAUUUAUCUAUAAAACUCAAGUCUUAACCAUAGCCUUUUUUUACAUGGAAUGUGUUAUUGUAGUCCUGCAUGUUUUUAACUGUUUACAAUGUUCUUUCAAAUAAAUUUCCCAAUCUUUAUUAAAGUUUUUAUCAUCCUGGUUUCUGAUUUUUCCAGUCAUUUUCACUAUUUCAGCCUAGUCCAACAUUCUUGUUAUCCACUCUUCUUUUGUAGAAAUCUUCUGGUCCUUCCAGUUCCGGGCUAAGAGCAUCUGGCUUGCAGUCGUAGCAUACAUGAACAAUCUUUUCUGCCCCCUUGGAAUCUCUGCACCUAAAAUUCCAAAUUAAAAAAGCUGCUGUUUUUUUAACAAGUGUUAUUUUAAACAUUUUUUAACUCAUUAUAAUUUCCCAGUAUGCUUUUACCUUUUUACAACUCUACCACAUAUGAUAAAAGGUGCUCUCUUUUUCUUUAUAUUUCCAACAUAUAUUUGAACUAUUAUACAUUUUUGCUAGUUUACUGGGAGUUAAAUACCAUCUAUACGUCAUUUUCAUAUAGUUUUCUUUUAAUGUACCGCAUGCGGUAAAUUUUAAAUCUUUCCUCCACAACUUCUCCCAUGCAGUUGUAUAUUAUAACCAAAAUCUCUUGUGCAUUGUAUCAUUACCAAUUUAACCUCUUCAUCCUUAGUAUCCUAUUCUAGUAACAUCUUAUACAUUUUAUACAUGCAUCUUAAGGCAGCCCUGUUCAGGGAAGCUUUUAAUCUGUGAUAUUUUACUGUAUUUUUUGUUUCUAUGGAAGCCGCCCAGAGUGGCUGGGGAAACCCAGCCAGAUGGGUGGGGUACAAAUAAUAAAUUAUUAUUAUUAUUAUUAUUAUUAUUAUUAUUAUUAUUAUUAUUUUAGACAAUGUUUUUACAUUAUUUUCUACCAGUUCCUUUUCAAACCUUGACAUUUCAUUACUAAAUCCAUUCCUUUUGUCAGUUUUAAAUACAUCAUUUAAUUGGUGAUUAUAAUAUUACUGAUUAUAAUAAAGUUUCAUUGAAUUAUUUCUAAAGGUCUCCUUUGGUGGUUUCCAUCUGUGAUCUAAGCCAUUGUCUCUCAACCUUGGACCUCCAUCAUCCCUGACCACUAGUCCUACUAGCUAAGGAUGAUGGGCAUUGUAGUCCAAAAACAGCUGGAGGCCCAAGGUUGAGAAGCACUGAUCUAAACAAUUCACAUAUUCGAUAAACAUUUGCCUUGUAUUCAGUGUUCAGAUCCUCCCCUUUCUUCCAGGAUCUGGGCAAUCUGCAUCUGUGCAGGUGUUAACAGAAAUGCUGGAAGCUCAUUACUGGGCUAACCUUGAGUGAUCAAGAGUCUUAAUUCCUAGCAGCAUCACUGCAGGAGACAAUUUAACCACCAUGUUACAUACUAAGUUAUUUUUUUAAAAUACAUUGCUCCAGAAAGUUUUAGUGUUAUCACAGUGCCACCACACAUGGAUAUUAACAGCACAUUUCCCUCAACAGUUGGGGCCAACUUCUUUAGCUAUCUAGGAUAGCCUUACUGGUGCAUAAUGCCACCUGUGCAAUAACUUUAACGCAGACUCCCGGAUUAUGACAGAAACUGAUUUCACUGUCAGACCACAAGGCGGCCUAUUUUUCAUUAGUUAUUUGAAUUUCUAGGUCCAUUGCUCAGGGCAUUUCUAGGUCCAUUGCACUUAAAAGAUUGCCAUAUUCAAGGGCUAUUAGGGCUCUAUACAUUGAAGACACUAUCUCCUUAAACAAUUGAAAAGUUAACAAAAAUGUCUUCUAAAAUUGUCAGAUUCUUGCAUGCCUGGGCAGAGAUAUCUGGUUUUAAAUGGAAUCCUAACAGCUGAUUAAGGUGAUAUCACAAUCAUUUGAGAUUUGGUAGAUUGACAAGGAAAAGUUCCCUUCAUGUGAGAAUACCAUUUACAUUAAAAUAUUUCAGCUGUUCUGUUCCCAACUGCUCCAAUCCGGCCAUGCCCCCUGCCUCCUGAAAAGACAGGUGAAAUCGGUGGGGUGGGUUGUGAGAGGAGAGCCCAGCAGGACUAGCUUUAAAACCUUUUGAUUUCCAUAUGGUCACUGUAGCACAUAGGAAGGGGUUUGUGUCUUAGCAAGCACAGUUAGUAAGACCUGCUCUAUAGACUGGUUCUGAAAGUUCUGUUUUCACACAUGGUUUCCCCUUCAGCUGGUGGAUUAGCGCCAUCAAGUUUUUAAAUUGAAAAAGCAUUCUACUAAGUUCAGAGAUGUGGGAUUCAGAAUCUGCCCCCACAAACACUCCCAUAUACAGUUCCAGCUCCCAGCCGUGCCCUCUUCCCCUCAUGUAUAAACUUGUCUGUUGUGUGUUGCCAUAUUUUGAAUUGCUGAGGCAUAAUUACAAUUGGCAACACUGGAAGAGAAAUAAAAAGCUCAGUUGGUUCUCUUCUUUGGUAACACCCCUGAAUCAUUUUCCUCCUCUGUUCCACCAAUCUUUGUGGGAAUAAUAAAUACUGCACUGACCUAUGCAGGAUUGCUGUAAGGAUUUCUGAGAUAAUGCACGUGAAAGCCCAAUACAGUAAAUGUAUGCCUUUUUUCUGUCAUGGUGGAGCACAGACAUUUUGAUUUCAUUUAAAAAAAACGUUUCUGGUUGCUUGGUGUUAAUUUUUAAUUUUUUCCUUUCUGUGGUUGCUCUGUUUAGUUGCUUCACGUCAGCUAGUCUUUAGGAUUCAAGACAUAAACCUAUACAUGCUUACUCAGAAGUGUCUUACUAUGUUCAGUUGGGCUUACGCACAGGUGAGUGUGCAUAGGUUUGAAGACUUAGCUGCCAUCCCAGGUUAUCUGUAAAAUUCAUAUCCAGACUGGAUAUUGAAUGCAUCUUCUCUCUGUCAACAUGAACACAGGUUGAUGUGUGCACACUGCAAGUCCCCAUGCAAUACAGAGGUGGCCUUUUUGCAUACUAAGGGAGGAAAGCUUGUUUCGAACUGUAUAUUGUAAGGCAAUAAUGUUUCUCCCAACCAUAUCUAUUUUAAACUUUAUUUCAUUCCAUUUAUCUGUUGGAGAUAAAUGGGUUGUACCUAAUCCCUUUCCUCACACGUUUUCCCCUCACAACAAACCUGUAAGGUAGGUUUGGCUGAGAGGUUGUAAUUGGCUCAAGGUGACCAUGUAAGCUUCAUGGGGAAGCCAAUAUCUGAGUGUGUUAUUAUGUAGGGGGCAACACAGAGCUCACACAAUGAUCCUUGGUAUCAGAACUGGAAUGCUAAAAACAGGUAACCUCUUGAAAGCUCCAGAGGGCACAAAACACCACAGUUUGAUUUUUGUGUGCUUCAUUGCAUGAGGGCUACAAAGUGGUGUGUAUUGGAGUUGUAUUUAGAAGUCAGACUUUGCACUUUUUCCAGAUAAACACCAUCACCUCCAUCUCACUAAACCGGUGGCAAAGUGGGGUGCCAAUCUGUGGCUCAUCUCAGGUACCAAAAUGUCUUGUUCUAGCCCUGACAGCUGGUGCACGCACUGUACAAAGAGGUGAGUUUUCUUUGGGCAGUAAAUAACAGCAGAAUGCGAUCAGGACAUUCUCAACACUUACUCAACAUUAGAUAGACUGUGAGCAGAUGUUUCAGCAAGUCAUGCACACGCUCAGGGUUCUCUUGGGAAAGCACUUCACAUCCCCAAACAACAAAUUUUAGAGGCUUUCCUCGAAUUGCCCGCCUUUGGUGUCUCCUGUCUCCAUGGCUCAGGUGAUUCUCAAGGCAUUAUGAAUACUACAGGCACUGUACACAUUCAAAAUGAAAAGUAUAUGCUUACUUUUUAUAUACUAGAACCUCUGUAGGGCAGCUUGAAUAUUCAGUGUAUCUGAUGUUGCAUUUUGAAUCUGACAAGGACCAAGGUAACUGAACAACUUCCAGAUAUGUCAAGUUAUUACUUGGCUAGUUAUAUUGCAUGCCCAUCCAUCCAGGGUCUAUUUUUAUUUCUUAUCUAACUUUAUGAAGUUGUAUCACAGUUGAUUGUUAACCAUUCAGGCAUGUUGUAGUAGUGAAAGUAAUAGUGUCGUUGGCAUAUAGUAAACUGUCAGGGGUUCAGGAGCAGAGGCACAGGAAAGGGAGGAAAUAGAGAGCGAGGGGGAGGAGUCCGAAGGAAAUGUUAGCGAUGACAGCGGUCCGAGGUCUCUGAGUCUUUCCAGCGAAUCGGAAGAUUCACAGAAAGGGGCUCCCUUGCUCUGACCAAGGGGGUGCCGAGGGGACACCCCAGGAAGAAGGGGCCAGAGGGGACUCAGAGAGCAGCAGUUGGAAAUCAGGACCAGCGUCCACACCAGAGUGCAGUAGGGGAGGAGUCCCAGGCAUCGGGAUCAGGCGGCGCACUGCCAGUGGGAGGACAUGAGUCAGGAUUGGCCACGCCUCCAUCGGGGAGCGAGGAAACGGUCGAGAGGAAGGUUGAAGGCUGGGCGCGCGCGCCAAGUUCAAAUGUACAGGAGGGCGGCGCAGUUGGCAGCCCGGAUAGGGAGCCAGGUCCCAAAGCCCGCCGAAAAGAGGGGAGGAGUCAGGGGGUCAGCGUCAGAAGAAUCCAGGAAGGAAGGGACCCGGGGGUAGCAGGACCCAGAGGAGAAAGGAGAGACGUAAGAGGUGGAGUAAGGCUAGAAUCUUAAACUGGUGUACAGGGGCGGAGACUCAGAUGGAGCUUCGCCGAUCUAACCCCUAGACGUAGAGCUGGGGCGCUCCGGCUUGAAAAUGGAAACUGUACUUCAAUAAAGACUUUUGUACAUUACUGCCGGCUAGCGUUGGUCCUCUGUGAGCUGGGACCUGGAGCCAGCUCUGACAGUAAGCUCCAUCUCUAAAAGUUUUGCACCAAAAACCUCGUAACGUGAGUGGACGCAGCGAGGGAAGAAGAUUGGUGCUUCGCGAGCUCACAAAAGUCAGGCAAGAUGACUACAGAACAGCAACUAGCAGCCCUGCAAAAUGCAGUGACACAACUCAACGCGGAGGUACUCGCAUCCAGGAAAAGGGAAGAGGAAGCGGCUGCCGCCUGCAGGGAUCUCAAGCCAGGUUGGAAGUGCUUGCUAAGCAGGGGCAACCGGGACCCAAAUCAGAGGGAUUGGGCUGGGGAAAGAGGAGGCAGCCUGGUAUCUCAUUUCGAUGGGAAUUUGCAGCAGUACCCUAACUUCCGAGCAGACGUGCUGUUUGCGCUGGAACUGCUGGAUAAAGACUUUAGAGAUGAGCAAGAGAAGGUGGGGUUUAUCUUGUCCCAUUUGCAUGGGGAAGCUAAAGCGUGGCUGCGCAAUCUGUGGAGAGAUAAGGAUCCGGCGCUCCAAAAUGCGGAUGCAUUCAUUAAAGCGAUGGAUUCGUGUUUUUAUCAAAUAUAGACAUUGAUAUCGCCAGAAAAGACAUACAUGGGCUCAAACAAGGCAGAGCCAGUGAAAGGCCGUACCAUUCCCGCCUUUUUGCAUGAGGCCAAGCGCUGGGAUGGGAGAAGGAUUCUGCCCCAUCCAGAGACCCUUUUUGGGAAGGCUUGAAUGCAAAUGUGAAAGAUGAGAUUGCAAGGGGGGAGAGACCAAAGAGCACUCAGGAGGUUGUCCGGCGGGCGCUGCAAAUUGGGGUGCGUCUGGAAGAACGUCCAUGGAACAGAGAAGAAGGACGUUGGGGACGUACGCCAGUGAGAGCACCUCCCCUCUUUCCCAAGGAUGCAGCGCGUGUGCAAUCCCCACCUCCGCAAGGAGAGGGAGAGCAACCGAUGGAGAUUGGAGGCGCCAGGGCUCAGUCAGCAACCAGAGCCUUAACACCGGGAGCAGUCAAAGCGAAGCCUCCUAGAGGGAACAGGAAGUGCUACAUCUGCGACAGUGCUCAGCACAUGGCGAAAGAGUGUCCCCAGAGGCUCCACAAGCACACUGCAGCCUCAGCAACAGUAACAGAAGCAACUCAGCAGAGAGAACCACAGCAGGGAAACGACAGAGUCUGGUUGGAGGAAGAGGCACUGGGGCCCAACCAGACAAGUCAAUGAAGCCGUCCCCAGAGAUUUUGCAGCCCACAGACCCCCUCCCGCCCAAACCAGUGGUGCAGCUCACAGCAUCGCUCCAACUACCCAAUGGACUCACUAUGGAAGUGCCGAUUACCAUUGACUCUGGUAGUAACGCAGACUUCAUAGGACUGGAUUUCCUUCAAGAGCACAACAUAGCACUCCUGCCAGCCACGCUGCCUCUGAAAGUUGUCACGGUGGAUGGCAGGGAAUUGCUGGGGGCAGGUGGUGCAGCAAACGCCUCCGAUGGUGAUGCAAAUUGGGAAUCACCGAGAAGUCAUCAGCUUCAAUGUCACCCAACUGUCGGACACGCCUAUAGUAUUAGGCAUGAGUUGGCUGCACAGGCACAGCCCAGCAUUGGCGUGGUACCAGCGACAACUGACCUUCGGCUCCUCAUACUGUGCGGAACAUUGCAUUCUGCCUAGCCCGGAAGGGGAAGAGGAUGACCCGCAGCUACAAUUAGGCACGCUGCAAGCAGUGCCACUCAAGUACGCAGCGUUUUUGGAGGUUUUCUGCGAGAAGGAAGCGGACAAGCUACCUCCCCACAGGUCUUAUGACUGCAAGAUUGACCUCCUGCCAGGGCGACGCUGCCAACCGGGAAACUGUAUUCCAUGUCUGAAGACGAGCUGCAGGAACUCAGGGAGUUCAUAGACCUCAACUUGAAGCGCGGUUUCAUCCAGGAGUCGAAGGCAGUGGGGCGCAGUCCUGUAUUCUUUGUGAAGAAGAAGGACACGCCCCCAAAAAGGCUUGUGGUGGACUAUAGAAUUUUGAACUCGAAAACCAAGCCCACAGCCUUUCCCAUGCCCAAGAUAGAUGACCUGCUCGCAACGGUGAGGAAAGGACGCGUUUUCACAAAGUUGGAUCUGCGAGGGCGUACAACCUGAUUCGCAUACGGGAGGGCGACGAAUGGAAGACUGCCAUGUUCACGCCCCUGGGCACCUAUGAAUACAGAGUUAUGCCCUUUGGAUUACAAAAUGGCUCCCACUGUUUUCAAGCCUUCAUGCAUCACGUAUUGGCGGGUCUCCUCUACAAGAAAUGCGUCUGCUUCCUGGACGACAUCCUGAUAUUUUCAGAAUCAGAGGAGACCCACGAGGGAGACGUCAAGGAAGUUCUGCAGAGACUGCAGGAGCACAGGCUGUACGCCAAGCUGGAGAAGUGCCAGUUCGACAUGAAGGAGGUAGAUUUCCUGGGCUACAAGUUGUCGGACAAGGGGCUCGCCAUGGACAGCGCCAAGGUUCGCUCAGUGUUGGACUGGAAGAGCCCGCGCAAUCGGAAGGAGGUCCAGCGGUUUGUCGGUUUCGCCAACUUUUACCGCAAGUUCAUCAAGGGGUUCGCGAUGCAGACGGCGGCCAUUACCGACACGCUCAGCUCCAAGAAGAAGAAGUUCAUCUGGACGGAGCAAGCGGAGCAGUCCUUUCAGAAACUCAAGCGUCUCUUCUCGUCCGAAGAGCAGCUACUGCAUGUGAAUCCCAGCAGACCGAUGAGGGUUGAAACGGACGCCUCAGACAGAGCCGUGGGAGCAGUACUGUUGCAGCAAGACCCGCAUGGGGACUGGAGACCGUGUGCCUUCUACUCCAGGAAGCUCAGCAAGUCAGAGCAGAACUACACCAUCUGGGACAGGGAGUUGCUGGCCAUUCAUGCAGCAUUCAAGGCGUGGCGGCACUUCCUCAUUGGAGCCAAACACACAGUGCAGGUCCGCACGGACCAUAAAAACCUGGAGUACUGGCGCACGGCAAGGUUCCUGAACCAGAGGCACAUACGAUGGGCGGAGUUCUUUGCGGAUUUCGACUUCAGGAUAGAGUACAUCCCAGGCGACAACAACAUCAUGGCGGAUGCACUGUCCAGAAAGCCGCAAUACCUCGAGGAGGCGGCACCAGCAGCGGCCAAGCACAUUUUCGCACCGAAAGCGUGGGCGUGCGCUUCAGCAACCGUGGACCUGGAUGCUGUACGUCGAGCACUGCAGGAGGACCCCUUCGCGCAAGCAAAGAUGGCAGAGGUGCAAAGGGGCACGGCGGAGGACGACGAGUUCCAGAUACGCGACGGAUUGCUCAUCCGCAGAGGGCCCUCUACGUACCGGGAGACGACCUCCGCGCGAAAGUACUGCAGCAGUUGCACGACGCACCCACCGCCGGGCACUUUGGCAAAGAGAAGACGGUAGAAUUAGUAGCCAGAGAUUUUUGGUGGCCCAAGAUGCGGGGGGAGUCGCGGAUUACGUCUCGAGGUGCGACACCUGCCAAAGGGCCAAGUCAGUGCACAAACCGCCGGCGGGACUGCUCGAACCGCUGCAGACACCGCUCGAACCGUGGGAGAGGGUGGCCCUGGACUUUGUCACGGAUCUACCCAGCUCGAGGGGCAAGACGGCAGUGCUAGUGGUGGUGGACAUGUUCACCAAAAUGGCCCACUUCAUUCCGUGCGCGAAGGUGGCCACGGCGGAACAGACCGCCAAACUGUUCAUAGACCACGUGUUCAGGGUUCACGGUCUGCCACGGUCUAUCCUGUCCGACCGGGGCGACAGUUCAUCUCGAACUUCUGGCAGAAGCUGAUGGGUUUCCUGAACGUCAAGAUCAACCUAGCGUCGGCGAGACACCCGCAGACGAACGGACAAGCGGAGCGAGUCAACGCCAUCAUGCAGCAGUACCUGCGAUGCUACGCAAAUCAGCAGCCGGCAACAUGGGUGGACUACCUGCCGCUCGCUGAGUUCGCCUACAACAACACGAAGCACGUGUCCACGGGGUGACACCGUUCUUCGCCAACAACGGGAGGCAUCCCAGAACCUUCCCGGGAUUAGCGAGAGCGGGGAGGGGAGCCACAGGCAGCGGAAGCCUUAGCAUCAGAGUUGCAGGAGGUUCACGAACAGCUCGGAGGCAGUUAGAACUAGCAAAGCACGCAUACAAACUGCAGGCUGACAAGCACAGAAGGGUUGGGGAAGACAUACAGGUGGGAGACUGGGUUUGGUUAGCAGCCCAGGCAGUGCCGGCCAGAUCGUUAGCGAAGAAGAAGCUAGGGCAUAAGCAGCUAGGACCCUACCAAGUCGAGGCACAGGUCAAUCCAGUGGCCUUCCGGUUGACACUGCCGGAGGGAUCCAGAAUGCACCCAGUUUUCCAUAGAUCAGUGCUCACGCCCUACAAAGCACCUCAUAGAUUUCAGGAGCCAGGAACGGCACCAGACCCGUUCAGGGAAACGCCCACAAGGGGGUCGCCAAGGCGGGAACCCGUCAACGAAGUCACAGAGAUUUUAGACUCGAGAUGGGGGGAAGAGGGAGUAGAAUAUCUUCUCGCCAGAGAAGGUACCCCGGCCAGCGCCAACAGUUGGGUGCCAGACCAUGCCUUGGACGAACCUUUUCUCAGGGACGAGUUUCAUGCCCUUUUCCCACACAGGCCCAUGCCAGCCGAGUAUUUCGACGACUGGCUUUUCACACCCACAUUUUCAGCUAGCACAUUCCAGGGGUUCACCUCGGACGAGGAACCGGCACUAGAAACACGUUCCCCGGAGGGAUCACCCUCGGGGUCUGCCUCAGACCGUUCCUAUUGGUGGGACAAUCAACCAGAGGAGCAGUGGCGCAGGAAGUGGUUGGGGGGUCCUUGGCAGGCAACGUCCCCGGAGGAGACCGGGGGAGAGACGGACAUGGACGUGUUGGGGGAGGACCUUGGGUUCGAGCACGGCGGCAAGAGAUGGAAGCAGAGGAAAUUGAGGUCGGCGAGAGCACGGAGGACGAGCCGGACUUAUCCGGCUGGAUGCACGCCACGGGGGACGAACUGUAUCCGGCACUCACCCCCACAACGACGGAGCACCCAGUACCCACACCUGAAGGAGGGGAGGGGGGAAGGGGGGGGCUUCGAGGGGGGAUGGAUGUCAGGGGUUCAGGAGCAGAGGCACAGGAAAGGGAGGAAAUAGAGAGCGAGGGGGGGAGGAGUCCGAAGGAAAGGUUAGCGAUGACAGCGGUCCGAGGUCUCUGAGUCUUUCCAGCGAAUCGGAAGAUUCACAGAAAGGGGCUCCCUUGGUCAGAGCAAGGGGGGUGCAGAGCGGGACACCCCAGGAAGAAGGGGCCAGAGGGGACUCAGAGAGCAGCAGUUGGAAAUCAGGACCAGCGUCCACACCAGAGUGCAGUAGGGGGGGAGGAGUCCCAGGCAUCGGGAUCAGGCGGCGCACUGCCAGUGGGAGGACAUGAGUCAGGAUUGGCCACGCCUCCAUCGGGGAGCGAGGAAACGGUCGAGAGGAAGGUUGAAGGCUGGGCGCGCGCGCAAAGUUCAAAUGUACAGGAGGGCGGCGCAGUUGGCAGCCCGGAUAGGGAGCCAGGUCCCAAAGCCCGCCGAAAGAGGGGAGGAGCCAGGGGGGGUCAGCGUCAGAAGAAUCCAGGAAGGAAGGGACCCCGGGGGGUAGCAGGACCCAGAGGAGAAAGGAGAGACGUAAGAGGUGGAGUAAGGCUAGAAUCUUAAACUGGUGUACAGAGGGCGGAGACUCAGAUGGAGCUUCGCCGAUCUAACCCCUAGACGUAGAGCUGGGGCGCUCCGGCUUGAAAAUGGAAACUGUACUUCAAUAAAGACUUUUGUACAUUACUGCCGGCUAGCGUUGGUCCUCUGUGAGCUGGGACCUGGAGCCAGCUCUGACAUAAACAAAGGGAUUUCUGCUACCGGAUAAUCUCAAACAUAUGGUUUGGGGAGAGACAUAUGGUGUUCUUCAGAUAAAGAACACAUCCUUGUCUUACCCUUGCCUUUAUUAGAAUGGAGUUGGUAAGAUUUACCUUGGGAUUACAUGUAAUAUCUGUUUUUGGUGUUUUUUUUGUUUUUGUUUUUAAAAAGCUGUCCCUAGAGUUAAUCUCUUUUGAAUCAAAAACAGACUUAAGAUAUACAGUAGAGAGAAUAUAGUUUUCCUGUUUGAUGUUAGAAAAUACAGGCUGAAAAAUAUUUCAGCCCUUUGCUUCCUGGCACAGAAACAUGAAUCUUACCAUAUUGGCCCAAAUAUAAGCCACACCCAAAUAUAAGCUGCACCUUUAAAAUUCGGGGGGGGGAGGGGAGAGAGAAUACCCAAAUAUAAGCCGCUCCCUUAAAAUUCUGCGGGCACUCACACCCAUUCUGUUUUACCGUAUGUCUGUUUCAGCAGCGGUAUCAUAAAACCCAAUUUUUGUAGGGUCGCAAAACUUUUCAUGGUCGAAAUUUGGAAAAAAAGUGAGGCUUAUAUUCAGACCAAUACAGUAAUAGUUUUUAUAUAGAAUUCCCUGAUAACCACUGCCAUGUCAUGGAUCACAUCCAUGUCCACAGAGCCCUGUCCACCCAGUGCUUUUUGGAGCCCUGCCUUUCCUGUAUCUAUUUGUUCUAUGAAAUAUUAGGAGGCCAUGGAUCUGAGAUUCUUGCGCAAUGGGGUUGGACCUUUGAGUUGAGGGUAAUGAAGGUUUUUGGAAACACCAUCGGAAAAUCUAGAGGACGUUUAUUUCUUAUCAUUGCCUUUGGUCCAUCCUGGCAGGGAAGUGAUGUGGUCUGUAACUGUGUACUGGGCAGUUUGCAGCUGUAAUUCUUGUAAAAGUUAUGUUUAAUGUGCAUAAAAAGCUAUGUUUGUGUGCCUCGUGUAUGAAACUUAAUAGUUUACAUUUGCAGAGAACUGUAGCAAGUGCAAAAGGCGCAUGCACAAAGCUGUGAAAAAAGGGUGGUGUCAGAGCUGGCUCCAGGUCCCAGCUCACAGAGGACCAACGCUAGCCGGCAGUAAUGUACAAAAGUCUUUAUUGAAGUACAGUUUCCAUUUUCAAGCCGGAGCGCCCCAGCUCUACGUCUAGGGGUUAGAUCGGCGAAGCUCCAUCUGAGUCUCCGCCCCCUGUACACCAGUUUAAGAUUCUAGCCUUACUCCACCUCUUACGUCUCUCCUUUCUCCUCUGGGUCCUGCUACCCCCCGGGGUCCCUUCCUUCCUGGAUUCUUCUGACGCUGACCCCCCUGACGCGGCCCCCUCUUUUCGGCGGGCUUUGGGACCUGGCUCCCUAUCCGGGCUGCCAACUGCGCCGCCCUCCUGUACAGUUGAGCUUGGCGCGCGCCCAGCCUUCAACCUUCCUCUCGACCGUUUCCUCGCUCCCCGAUGGAGGCGUGGCCAAUCCUGACUCAUGUCCUCCCACUGGCAGUGCGCCGCCUGAUCCCGAUGCCUGGGACUCCUCCCCCCUACUGCACUCUGGUGUGGACGCUGGUCCUGAUUUCCAACUGCUGCUCUCUGAGUCCCCUCUGGCCCCUUCUUCCUGGGGUGUCCCCCUCGGCACCCCCUUGCUCUGACCAAGGGAGCCCCUUUCUGUGAAUCUUCCGAUUCGCUGGAAAGACUCAGAGACCUCGGACCGCUGUCAUCGCUAACAUUUCCUUCGGACUCCACCCCUCGCUCUCUAUUUCCUCCCUUUCCUGUGCCUCUGCUCCUGAACCCCUGACAUCCAUCCCCCUCGAAGCCCCCCUUCCCCCUCCCCUCCUUCAGGUGUGGGUACUGGGUGCUCCGUCGUUGUGGGGGUGAGUGCCGGAUACAGUUCGUCCCCCCGUGGCGUGCAUCCAGCCGGAUAAGUCCGGCUCGUCCUCCGUGCUCUCGCCGACCUCAAUUUCCUCUGCUUCCAUCUCUUUGCCGCCGUGCUCGAACCCAAGGUCCGCCCACAACACGUCCAUGUCCGUCUCUCCCCGGUCUCCUCCGGGGACGUUGCCUGCCAAGGACCCCCCAACCACUUCCUGCGCCACUGCUCCUCUGGUUGAUUGUCCCACCAAUAGGAACGGUCUGAGGCAGACCCCGAGGGUGAUCCCUCCGGGGAACGUGUUUCUAGUGCCGGUUCCUCGUCCGAGGUGAACCCCUGGAAUGUGCUAGCUGAAAAUGUGGGUGUGAAAAGCCAGUCGUCGAAAUACUCGGCUGGCAUGGGCCUGUGUGGGAAAAGUGCAUGGAACUCGUCCUUAAGCCAAGAUUCCUCCAGAGCAUAAUCUGGCACCCAACUGUUGGCGCUAGCCGGGUACCUUCCUUGGCGAGGAGGUAUUCCACUCCCUCCUCCCCCAUCUCGAGUCUAAAAUCUCUGUGACUUCGUUGACGGGUUCCCGCCUUGGCGACCCCCUUGUGGGCGUUUCCCUGAACGGGUCUGGUGCCGUUCCUGGCUCCUGAAAUCUAUGAGGUGCUUUGUAGGGCGUGAGCACUGAUCUAUGGAAAACUGGGUGCAUUCUGGAUCCCUCCGGCAGUGUCAACCGGAAGGCCACUGGAUUGACCUGUGCCUCGACUUGGUAGGGUCCUAGCUGCUUAUGCCCUAGCUUCUUCUUCGCUAACGAUCUGGCCGGCACUGCCUGGGCUGCUAACCAAACCCAGUCUCCCACCUGUAUGUCUUCCCCAACCCUUCUGUGCUUGUCAGCCUGCAGUUUGUAUGCGUGCUUUGCUAGUUCUAACUGCCUCCGAAGCUGUUCGUGAACCUCCUGCAACUCUGAUGCUAAGGCUUCCGCUGCCUGUGGCUCCCCUCCCCGCUCUCGCUAAUCCCGGGAAGGUUCUGGGAUGCCUCCCGUUGUUGGCGAAGAACGGUGUCACCCCCGUGGACACGUGCUUCGUGUUGUUGUAGGCGAACUCAGCGAGCGGCAGGUAGUCCACCCAUGUUGCCGGCUGCUGAUUUGCGUAGCAUCGCAGGUACUGCUGCAUGAUGGCGUUGACUCGCUCCGCUUGUCCGUUCGUCUGCGGGUGUCUCGCCGACGCUAGGUUGAUCUUGACGUUCAGGAAACCCAUCAGCUUCUGCCAGAAGUUCGAGAUGAACUGUCGCCCCCGGUCGGACAGGAUAGACCGUGGCAGACCGUGAACCCUGAACACGUGGUCUAUGAACAGUUUGGCGGUCUGUUCCGCCGUGGCCACCUUCGCGCACGGAAUGAAGUGGGCCAUUUUGGUGAACAUGUCCACCACCACUAGCACUGCCGUCUUGCCCCUCGAGCUGGGUAGAUCCGUGACAAAGUCCAGGGCCACCCUCUCCCACGGUUCGAGCGGUGUCUGCAGCGGUUCGAGCAGUCCCGCCGGCGGUUUGUGCACUGACUUGGCCCUUUGGCAGGUGUCGCACCUCGAGACGUAAUCCGCGACUUCCCCCGCAUCUUGGGCCACCAAAAAUCUCUGGCUACUAAUUCUACCGUCUUCUCUUUGCCAAAGUGCCCGGCGGUGGGUGCGUCGUGCAACUGCUGCAGUACUUUCGCGCGGAGGUCGUCUCCCGGUACGUAGAGGGCCCCUCUGCGGAUGAGCAAUCCGUCGCGUAUCUGGAACUCGUCGUCCUCCGCCGUGCCCCUUUGCACCUCUGCCAUCUUUGCUUGCGCGAAGGGGUCCUCCUGCAGUGCUCGACGUACAGCAUCCAGGUCCACGGUUGCUGAAGCGCACGCCCACGCUUUCGGUGCGAAAUGUGCUUGGCCGCUGCUGGUGCCGCCUCCUCGAGGUAUUGCGGCUUUCUGGACAGUGCAUCCGCCAUGAUGUUGUUGUCGCCUGGGAUGUACUCUAUCCUGAAGUCGAAAUCCGCAAAGAACUCCGCCCAUCGUAUGUGCCUCUGGUUCAGGAACCUUGCCGUGCGCCAGUACUCCAGGUUUUUAUGGUCCGUGCGGACCUGCACUGUGUGUUUGGCUCCAAUGAGGAAGUGCCGCCACGCCUUGAAUGCUGCAUGAAUGGCCAGCAACUCCCUGUCCCAGAUGGUGUAGUUCUGCUCUGACUUGCUGAGCUUCCUGGAGUAGAAGGCACACGGUCUCCAGUCCCCAUGCGGGUCUUGCUGCAACAGUACUGCUCCCACGGCUCUGUCUGAGGCGUCCGUUUCAACCCUCAUCGGUCUGCUGGGAUUCACAUGCAGUAGCUGCUCUUCGGACGAGAAGAGACGCUUGAGUUUCUGAAAGGACUGCUCCGCUUGCUCCGUCCAGAUGAACUUCUUCUUCUUGGAGCUGAGCGUGUCGGUAAUGGCCGCCGUCUGCAUCGCGAACCCCUUGAUGAACUUGCGGUAAAAGUUGGCGAAACCGACAAACCGCUGGACCUCCUUCCGAUUGCGCGGGCUCUUCCAGUCCAACACUGAGCGAACCUUGGCGCUGUCCAUGGCGAGCCCCUUGUCCGACAACUUGUAGCCCAGGAAAUCUACCUCCUUCAUGUCGAACUGGCACUUCUCCAGCUUGGCGUACAGCCUGUGCUCCUGCAGUCUCUGCAGAACUUCCUUGACGUCUCCCUCGUGGGUCUCCUCUGAUUCUGAAAAUAUCAGGAUGUCGUCCAGGAAGCAGACGCAUUUCUUGUAGAGGAGACCCGCCAAUACGUGAUGCAUGAAGGCUUGAAAACAGUGGGAGCCAUUUUGUAAUCCAAAGGGCAUAACUCUGUAUUCAUAGGUGCCCAGGGGCGUGAACAUGGCAGUCUUCCAUUCGUCGCCCUCCCGUAUGCGAAUCAGGUUGUACGCCCUCGCAGAUCCAACUUUGUGAAAACGCGUCCUUUCCUCACCGUUGCGAGCAGGUCAUCUAUCUUGGGCAUGGGAAAGGCUGUGGGCUUGGUUUUCGAGUUCAAAAUUCUAUAGUCCACCACAAGCCUUUUUGGGGCGUGUCCUUCUUCUUCACAAAGAAUACAGGACUGCCCCCACUGCCUUCGACUCCUGGAUGAAACCGCGCUUCAAGUUGAGGUCUAUGAACUCCCUGAGUUCCUGCAGCUCGUCUUCAGACAUGGAAUACAGUUUCCCGGUUCGCAGCGUCGCCCUGGCAGGAGGUCAAUCUUGCAGACAUAAGACCUGUGGGGGGUAGCUUGUCCGCUUCCUUCUCGCAGAAAACCUCCAAAAACGCUGCGUACUUGAGUGGCACUGCUUGCAGCGUGCCUAAUUGUAGCUGCGGGUCAUCCUCUUCCCCUUCCGGGCUAGGCAGAAUGCAAUGUUCCGCACAGUAUGAGGAGCCGAAGGUCAGUUGUCGCUGGUACCACGCCAAUGCUGGGCUGUGCCUGUGCAGCCAACUCAUGCCUAAUACUAUAGGCGUGUCCGACAGUUGGGUGACAUUGAAGCUGAUGACUUCUCGGUGAUUCCCAAUUUGCAUCACCAUCGGAGGCGUUUGCUGCACCACCUGCCCCCCCAGCAAUUCCCUGCCAUCCACCGUGACAACUUUCAGAGGCAGCGUGGCUGGCAGGAGUGCUAUGUUGUGCUCUUGAAGGAAAUCCAGUCCUAUGAAGUCUGCGUUACUACCAGAGUCAAUGGUAAUCGGCACUUCCAUAGUGAGUCCAUUGGGUAGUUGGAGCGAUGCUGUGAGCUGCACCACUGGUUUGGGCGGGAGGGGGUCUGUGGGCUGCAAAAUCUCUGGGGACGGCUUCAUUGACUUGUCUGGUUGGGCCCCAGUGCCUCUUCCUCCAACCAGACUCUGUCGUUUCCCUGCUGUGUUUCUUCUGUUACUGUUGCUGAGGCUGCAGUGUGCUUGUGGAGCCUCUGGGGACACUCUUUCGCCAUGUGCUGAGCACUGUCGCAGAUGUAGCACUUCCUGUUCCCUCUAGGAGGCUUCGCUUUGACUGCUCCCGGUGUUAAGGCUCUGGUUGCUGACUGAGCCCUGGCGCUCCAAUCUCCAUCGGUUGCUCUUCCCCUCCUUGCGGAGGUGGGGAUUGCACACGCGCUGCAUCCUUGGGAAAGAGGGGAGGUGCUCUCACUGGCGUACGUCCCCAACGUCCUUCUUCUCUGUUCCAUGGACGUUCUUCCAGACGCACCCCAAUUUGCAGCGCCCGCCGGACAACCUCCUGAGUGCUCUUUGGUCUCUCCCCUCUUGCAAUCUCAUCUUUCACAUUUGCAUUCAAGCCUUCCCAAAAAAGGUCUCUGACUGGGGCAGAAUCCUUCUCCCAUCCCAGCGCAUGGACUAAUGCAAAAAGCGGGAAUGGUACUGCCUUACACUGGCUCUGCCUUGUUUGAGCCCAUGUAUGUCUUUUCUGGCGAUAUCAAUGUCUAUAUUUGAUAAAAACACGAAUCCAUCGCUUUAAUGAAUGCAUCCGCAUUUUGGAGCGCCGGAUCCUUAUCUCUCCACAGAUUGCGCAGCCACGCUUUAGCUUCCCCAUGCAAAUGGGACAAGAUAAACCCCACCUUCUCUUGCUCAUCUCUAAAGUCUUUAUCCAGCAGUUCCAGCGCAAACAGCACGUCUGCUCGGAAGUUAGGGUACUGCUGCAAAUUCCCAUCGAAAUGAGAUACCAGGCUGCCUCCUCUUUCCCCAGCCCAAUCCCCUCUGAUUUGGGUCCCGGUUGCCCCUGCUUAGCAAGCACUUCCAACCUGGCUUGGAGAUCCCUGCAGGCGGCAGCCGCUUCCUCUUCCCUUUUCCUGGAUGCGAGUACCUCCGCGUUGAGUUGUGUCACUGCAUUUUGCAGGGCUGCUAGUUGCUGUUCUGUAGUCAUCUUGCCUGACUUUUGUGAGCUCGCGAAGCACCAAUCUUCUUCCCUCGCUGCGUCCACUCACGUUACGAGGUUUUUGGUGCAAAACUUUUGGAGAUGGAGCUUACUGUCAGAGCUGGCUCCAGGUCCCAGCUCACAGAGGACCAACGCUAGCCGGCAGUAAUGUACAAAAGUCUUUAUUGAAGUACAGUUUCCAUUUUCAAGCCGGAGCGCCCCAGCUCUACGUCUAGGGGUUAGAUCGGCGAAGCUCCAUCUGAGUCUCCGCCCCUGUACACCAGUUUAAGAUUCUAGCCUUACUCCACCUCUUACGUCUCUCCUUUCUCCUCUGGGUCCUGCUACCCCCCGGGGUCCCUUCCUUCCUGGAUUCUUCUGACGCUGACCCCCUGACUCCUCCCCUCUUUUCGGCGGGCUUUGGGACCUGGCUCCCUAUCCGGGCUGCCAACUGCGCCGCCCUCCUGUACAUUUGAACUUGGCGCGCGCGCCCAGCCUUCAACCUUCCUCUCGACCGUUUCCUCGCUCCCCGAUGGAGGCGUGGCCAAUCCUGACUCAUGUCCUCCCACUGGCAGUGCGCCGCCUGAUCCCGAUGCCUGGGACUCCUCCCCUACUGCACUCUGGUGUGGACGCUGGUCCUGAUUUCCAACUGCUGCUCUCUGAGUCCCCUCUGGCCCCUUCUUCCUGGGGUGUCCCCUCGGCACCCCCUUGCUCUGACCAAGGGAGCCCCUUUCUGUGAAUCUUCCGAUUCGCUGGAAAGACUCAGAGACCUCGGACCGCUGUCAUCGCUAACAUUUCCUUCGGACUCCUCCCCCUCGCUCUCUAUUUCCUCCCUUUCCUGUGCCUCUGCUCCUGAACCCCUGACAGGUGGAGUCUUUUUUUCAAUAUUAUGUAAACUGAACCCAUCCCUGGAUCUCUCUCUGAGGCUGCCAGCAUAUUGAAGAAGCAAGUUGCUUAUCUGAAUCUCUCUCUGAGGCCAGAGAGAAUAAGCAAGAACCCUAAAUAAAACUGGGCUGCAUUGCUGGUUUGCUUAACAGCAGCGUAUUGAUUUGUAUUUGCAACUUUUUUUGGUAACAAGCUUCAAGAUAGUUUGCAGAAAACCCUCGAACUCCUUCCUUGGUGCGGAGCUGAGUGAUGCCUCCUCGGCACAAGCUCCAGAGCAGGGGAUUCCACAAAAUCCAGAGGGGGCAUCCCUCGGAACCCCCGUUCUCCGCGGCGGCGCCAGGAAGCCCCGGACCUGGGACUUUGGCAGGGCAGCCCGCGCCCAGGCGCGCCGCCCAAGGCUUGCAAAGGAAGACUAUUCAAGGGCAGCCUUCUUCUUGAUCCCGCUAGCCCCGACUUUUGGAGAGCGUGCGCACGGCAGAGCGGGGCUGGCCCGCGUUAAUAAGCAUGCACACGAUCGGGCUACCCCUCUUUCUCCCAACCUCCCGCAGAGAGGCCGGCAACUCCCACCCCCCCCCCGGCCGCCUGUCUCUCCGCCGGGAAGCGGCCCUGGCAGUCCGAGGGAAGCGCGCGUCCAGGCCAGGCUCGCCUUCGCUCCGAGCAGGCCGAGGCAGGCAGGGCGGGCGGGCGGGGCGCUGCCGCCGCUGUCCUGGGCACAGGAAGCGGAAAGCGCCGCUGCAGCCGCGAGUCGGAGCCUGGAGCUGAGCCGGAGCAGGAGGAGGAGGCUGGCGCGUUGCGCGCUCCGUCCCCCGGGAGCUGCAGGAUGGCGCGGCGGCGGGCGAGAGGUCAGUCGCCUUCUUCCUUCUCCUCCUCCUCCUCCCUCUCCAGGGCGCGGCUUCUCCCACUCCUUCGCCGCCAGCCGGGCGCGAUCCUCCUCGCAGAGCCCGGAGACGCGGGGCUGCUUUCGCCCUCGGCGCGCCCGGAGCCGCCCGGUGCGGGACUUGCGGGGAGACCCUCUCGCCUCUGCCUCCCGGUGCGCAGCUGGGUGAGAAGGGAGCGCGGCAGCCCGGCUCCCCCCGCCGCCCUCAGCCCGGCUGUACUUUCUGGCCCCGGGAGGGAAAGUGCCGGUCUGUGCGCCAGCCUCUCCCUUUCGCGGGAGGAGCAGGCCUGACUGCCGCUUCCCAGGAGCCCGGGGCUGGGGGGGGGGGCCCUGUUCCAAACCGGGGGGAACCGCAGCUUCUGAAUUUGUGUUGCUUGAGCUCUGGGCUAGAACAAGUUGCCAUCCGCUUUGCAGAGGAAAACCCACUGAGCUACUUUUUCUGCUAGCUUGGACGCAUCCUUGCCAUUGCAUCUGGGCAUGGGCUGCUUUUACCUCAUGCUACGGACUGGUGCCAACUCUGGGGGUGCAAGCAGCAUUAGCUGAGGCACCCUGUUUAAUGAGUGGAGAUGUACCCUGAUCUGCCGGGAUCUGUAGGGAGAAGGGCAGCGAUGAGUGCCUUCUGGUUGGGGCACUGUUGCUUGAAAUUGCCUUGGGCACCUCGUGGCAAUGGACCCCCAGCCCCAGGGGCCUUUUGCAAGGCCAGCAGGAAGCAUGCAGGGCUGAGCGUCGCUGCUGCCUUCAAGCUGCAGUGUGCAACACCCACCCACCCUUGUCCACCCUUCCUGGGACAGUUGGGACCCUCUCCUGGAAAGUGAGAGCACUUUCAGGGAGCAGCAUCCAUCUGCUGUUUCUGCUUUCAAGCUGGAAAGGUGGCAGGGGUGGGCAGGCAACAGUUCGGUUGGCUUGGCCAAGGCUAUUCAGCUGCCUUUGCCAUGCAGCUGCCAAACAACUUCCAGCCGUCUUCCCAACUUUGGAAGCUGGGAAGGACAGGGAGCGUGACUAACUGGAUGCUGCUGGCAUGGGAGGUCUCCAGGUUGACACUUCGCGCCACCUUAGCCAGGUUGCUGGCAACCACUUCCUACCCUUGGAGCUUUGGACUUUCAGCAGGGACAAAUGUGUAGUUGCUGAGAUGAUCUCCACCCAGCUCUGCCGCUCCAGAGUUGGGAGGAAUGCUGGCUGCUUGUCGUGCUUACCAGGAGGUGCCACCGCAAGUUGCCAUAGUGAGCCUGGCGAGGGGAAUUGUUGAAGGCUGAUUCCUCCCACAUUCCUUCCUUUACAGGCACAGUUACUGCAAAGUGAAUGGUGUUUUAGGGAGUCAUUAACCAAAAUAGGCUAAUUCCAGGCAAAAGCCUUGAGCAACACCAUAUCCUGGAGGUUGCUUGGAAACUUGGGCAGACGUCUAGUGCUGGUUAUGAUUUGGGAUUGCAAGAUUUCUUGCAGUAAUGCUAGGUACUUUCUAAAGCCGUUGUUUGAUUGUAUGAGUGAGUUCCAUGUAGGAAAUGCAAAAAUAUCAGCAUGAAAAGACAAUGUAAGAAAUCAAUCCACUGCACAAAUACUUAGCUACACUGUGGGUUCUGGGUUAUACACAAGUGUGUCUCAGAAUCUGCUUAGAUAUUAUGCAUAGAAUUAGGUUGCAUGCAACCAGUGAUUCAACAGGUCUUUCCUACAGUAGAGAAAAUAUUCCCUUGAUGAAUGGAAAGUGUGUUGCCCCGUAAAACUCUGGUGUUAAGUAAAAACAAGCUGUUUGAGGCAAGUUCGAAAAUACUGCAUCUAUAAGGUAGCCCUGUGUGCCAAUUUAAUAGUCUCAGUUGAGACAGUUUAGCUGGAAAAGACUGUAAAGCCUUAAGGAAGAAAUCAGUAAUGUUCAAUUUUAUGAAGGGAAUAUCCUUCAAAAACCUCUGAGCUUGUGCUGUUGGGUGCCUUUAGUAAUGUAUUGUUGUGAGUUACAUCUGCCUAAGAAGAAUAUUAUUACACUUUAUUUUCAUUUAUUUGCAUAACUUAUUUACACAGUACCCUUAGUUAAAAGUAAUGUCGUGCUGGUUCACAAAAUAUACAGCUAUAGCACCCAGGGUUUGGGAAGGAAGGUGGAAAAACCUUACAAAUGCCUAGGUGAGUUGAUGUUUUGCCUCUUGCUGUAAAUCUGCUGAAAUAGCUGGUCCCUGAUGGAACUCGGAAGGGAGAUCAUUCCUCAAGGUGGGCGCCAUCACAGCUGCUGUCUGGACCACUUAGGUAAUAAACUAAAUUGGGCAUCAUCAAGAUGAAGCUUGUCUCGUUUUACCAGCUGACUACAGAAAUGGUGGUAGAAGAGAUACCUAGGUCCAUUUCAUUCAAAAGCUUAUAACAGAAACAGCUCCAGAGAGGUUGAUAUGUUAGUCUGUUAAAGCAAUCAGGGGGAAAAUGUCUUGUGUGACUUCAAAGACCAACUGAAAAUUUAUUGUGCCAUAAGCUUUCAUAGAGAAGAGCGAUUCAGCUCUAGUGCUCAGUGUUUAAUUUUUGAGGGUGUAAAGCAGUUCUGCUUUUCAGCAGAGGGCAGCAGCUGCAGGAUAGUCCCGCAUUACACACACAAGUUGCAGAUGGAUGUUAAUAAUUGGUGGCAAAACACACUCAGGUUUGGUUAGGGUGCUUUUGCGUACAGAAUAGAGACUGGAAUAAGCAGAGCAAACACUUUUUUCAGAAGUUCUUUAUGAAAGCACUAAUAUUAACAAUGUUAGAAUCUUAAGCAACAUUAAUGCAUCUGAUGUCCAUGAAACCUUAUAGUAACAGUGCAGUCCUUUACUCAGAAAUAGAAUCAUAGAAUUGUAGAUUUGGAAGGUAGGCAAAGGGUCAUCCAGUCUAACCCUCUGCAAUGCAGGAAUCAAGAUACUAGAUACUUUAGUUCACGUACUGCUUCUUUGCUGAGUGAAUUGCAGGUGACCACCCAGUGUGAGAAUAAGCAGCACUUGAACCCAUGGCCUUCAGAGAUGCUGGCAAGCUCUUUAACCGCCAGACCACUUUGCCUCUCAUAGUUUUCACUAUAUUCAUUGACACCAAAUGUCACAAGAUUAUUUGUUGUUCUAAUAAAUAUUUGUAAUGCUUCCCAACCAAUUUAACUCCUAAACUUUAUAUUUUUAGAUUUUUAGUUAAGCUUCCAGCUUCCCUCUCCAAUGCAGACCAAGGUGAUUUCAGCGCUUUCUGUCAUUGCCUACACUGAAUCAUAUAUUGGCUUAAUAAACUAAGAUAUGAAUGAGCCUUUUGCUUCUUACAUGUAGCUCCUUUGCCCCUCCCUUUGCGAUGUGAGCUGUCAAGUCAGGAAGCGUCAAAGAACUAUAGUUUCCCAUUUAAUCUGAACCGGGGGACUGCGGUUACCAGCCAUGAAACAAGGCAAGAUAUAGAACCAAAUUUAAACCAUGGUUUACAGUGCAAUUAUAUAUGAUAAGCAACUUAGCUCAGUUGGUUAGAGCAUGGUGCAGACGUGUUCACUCAAAAGUAAGUCUCACUGAGUUGAGUAGAGCUUACUCCCAGAAUAGCGAGUCUCGGAUAAUAGCCUGGCUUGUUCCAAAUCAUGCUUCAGACAAAAUGGUAAUUAUGGCUAAUUAUAGACUUCUUGUUUUGAUUGUUCAUGACACAAAGAGAGGACCAAAAGAGCUAUUUGCAUGGGCAGAAGUCUUGUUGGUUCGUAUCUCAGCUUACUGAGCAGAGAUGAUUAUCCAAACCAUUGUGGUCUGGUUCACACAGAAUGCUGGUUCAGAGAUGGUUUAGGUUGACAUGCAUAGACCACAGUGAACCUUAAAUUAGUUUGGCAUUUUACUUGUAGUUCUACCAGGUGAUCAAUAAGAAAGGCUUUGCUGCAUUGCCUUGGCAGGUCCUGAGUGAUACAGCAGGGUUGUGUUUUGAUUAGUGUCUCCAGAGUCCUGGCUGCAGCAUUCUGAUAACAGACCCUUCUCUUGGUUGUGACCCUCACUCUAAAUGUAUCCUGACUUUAUACUGUCUCAGUGAUAUUUUUUUAAAACAAGUUUAUCCACCUUGUAUGCAGUUUCUUUGCCCGCUACAUGGUCAUUUCAUUUUUUGGUCUUAUUUUAUGUAUGGGCCAUUGUAAAACACAACCUUCCUUCAGUCGUCUCCCCCCCUUCAGUCAUCUUUUGAACACAUUAAACAAAACCAAAAGCUUUCGAAAAUCGCAAUGAUUACUUCCUAAAUUCAGAUACUGCCCUUCCAGUGUGCAAGGUAAAAAUCACCAAUCCAAGAUUAAGAAAAUGCACAAGAGAAACCUCAAAUUGAACAACAGCAUGUUGCAUGGUAUAGUGCUAUACUGAUCAGAGUUCAGCAGAUCUAGGUGUGACUUCAUCCUCUUUAUUCAUAUGUUCAGAUAGUUAAGGGCCAAAUUGCAUGGAAACUUCAGCAGAUGUAACAAUCGUCCUCUCAUCGUGAGAAAAAAGUCUGAGAAAUUCUACCUGGACGGCAUUUUCAAGCCCGUUUCCCGGCUCUGUCUGGGAAAAUCCAGACAUAUGGCAGCCCUAUUUUCAACACACAACUAUUAAAGGCACCCCAGGUUCAGAGUGUUUGAAUAUUAAUCCCCAAAAGCAGGAAAAGCACCACUGCAGGAGAACCUAGUAUUUGUUUGUGUUUAAUAGUCCAUCUCAUUAUUAAUAUUUACUUUCCUAGGUUUAUGUUGAAGAUGCUUCCCUAGAACUGAAGACUGAAAUUACUGUUCUCAAAAUUUUGGGCGGAUUAUCGAAAAUCGGAGUCAACCACCAAAACGCUUUCUUCGGACUUAGUGGCCUGCUUGGGUGCCUUUGUCUUCUGUUCCCCGGCUUCUCUUCCACCAUGGAUACUGAGUCAACCUACUCUGGAUAUUCCCACUAUUCAGGUCACUCCAAAAAGGCCCAGAGACAAGGGUAUGAAUACUUUUAUCGCAGAUCUGGUCUAGAAUCUGCCUUCUUCCUUCAGUUGUGUAAUGAAACUUUUGUACUGCUUGACACUUGUUUGUCUUGGUGAAUGCUCCAGCACAAAUCCACAAAAAGAGCGCACGGUCUAUGAGAGAGCCCUGAAUGCUUUCUUUGCUUAUUGUGUCUCUGGUUCCACACAGGACUGGAAUGGGGAUAGCUGUGGCCCUUCAGAUGUUCUUGGGAGUCCAGCAUCCAUCAGUACCAGCCAGCAUGGCCAAUGGUCCGGGUAAUGAGAAUUAUAGUCCAGCAAAAUCUGAAGGGCCGCAGGUUCCCCACCCGUGAUAUAGGGGAUAGGAUGUUGCCUUUUCAUUAUAAUGCUUUUGACCCACAUAGUCAGGAUACCUCAUUCCCUUUGCCAUCUUCCAUCAUAUUGCCACUUUCUGCAAUACCUAAGGCCCCAGCUACACAAUUCCCAGAGUUCCCUAGGAAGAGGGAUUGACUGUUAGUGGAAUUAGGUAUCCCCUUAAGGUUGUGGCCCUGCAUUUGCUGUAGCAGCAGAACCACUGCAAAACAUUGCCCCCUGCUCCCAACUCAGUCUCCUCAGACAAAUACCAUGGUGAGAGGGAUUCAAAGGUACCGAGAGAUCAAGGCGAACCAACAGAGGCUUAUUACCCCUCUCCUUUUCCCAGCAUAGGUCAUUAUGCAAGUGACCAAGGCUGUCUCAUUGCCAAAAGUAGGCCUGAAUCUCACUUGUAACAGAGCUAGAAAAGUUUCCUCCUCCAAGGGUGCCUGGAGUUGUCUUAUAAAUAUUCCCUUUUUAAAAUUAUAUUUUAUUCCAUUUCACCAUUUUAAACAAUUUUGUAUUUUCCCUUAUUUUUGUCGACUUCCUAUCCCAUUUCCCAAGAAGUUGUUGUUUCUCCCCUUCUGUUGCAUCCUGUAUUCUAUAAUCAGAUCAUAACCACAAUAUUAUAAUCUAAUUACUUCUGCUGCUCAUAGCUCAAAUCCUGCUCAUGAGUUCAUCAUGCUGUAAUCUUUGUUUAAAUAGUCCAAAAAGGCAUCCGUUCUUCCAUAAGGCCUAUAAAUCUUCCUGUUUGCUGCAGAAGUUUGAAGUAGCCCAGUAGUUCCCAGUUAGGGGUCCGGGGACCCUGGGGGUCUGUGGAAUGCACCCAGGGGGGUCUGCGGCCCCAUCCCUUGUCUCCCCCCAACUGAUUUUUUGUCAUUUUUUGCAUGGUGUCAGGGCUGCCUGACACAUGGUAAUAUCAAAUUUUUAUGUUUGUUUUAGCACUGUUUAUGUCUGUUUUGGCACUGUUCAAUUUUUCAAUAUAUUGGCCAAAAUCGGUUUUGAAAUCGCACUGCGCUAACAAUUUUGACCUGGCAAUACGCAGCAAUAUAUCACUUCUCACACAAGGAAGAGCAGGGCAGCUGAUUUCAAGGCACUGCCGAUGUCACACAAUGUUCUCAGCACGCUGCUGAUCUGAGCUGCCUUCCCUCACGCUGACGGAGAACAGGGCAGCUGAUCGCCCUCACUUCAAGGCCCUGGCACUGGCAGCUUUCCUUCGUCAGCCCCUAAUAAGGAAACAGAUUAGGGAUGCGCGACAUCUGGUUUUCAACAUCGUGCUAUAUCAGCAGCUAAACAUCGUGAUAUUCUGCUGCAUCGCUGGACAUAUAUACAGUGGAUGUUCGGGUUGCGAAUGUGAUCCAGGCGGGAUGCACGUCCGCAACCCGCAGCGUCCGCAACCUCAGCGGCGUGUCUGCGCAUGCGCGGGUUGCAAUUUGGCGCUUCUGCACAUGCACAAAGUGUGAUUUAGCGCUUUUGCGCAUGUGCGACCACCAAAACCCAGAAGUAACCCAUUCCGGUACUUCCGGUACUGCCAAGGUAACUACCAUAGAGUUAGCAAAAUUUUCAAAAAGUUUGGGGGGGAGUGUCCGUGGCUUGGCUUUUGAAAAAUCGGGGGUCCUCAGUAAUUAGCUAACUGGGAACCACAGACGUAGCAUAAUUCCCUGCCCCAGAUUUUCUAUAAAACGUAUUUCCAAUGGGGCUUGCUGUAACUGGUGCUUGUUGGUUUGAGUGAUUCCUUUUAAAGUCCGUUUGAAGUUUGCAGAGGAAGAAACCGCUCUGUUUUCAGCAAGUGGUUUGAAUUCAAUCGGAUUCCUGUAAAACUGGCUUCAGCGGCCCAUCGGCUGAUCUGUGCUUAGAACAUGCCCCUUUGGAGACAGGCUUCCAGCCCCAGUGGGGGUCCCUGUAAGGAACAUUCCUGAUAGCCCCUUCGUAGACGCCUCUGUAGCUUCCCCACGGCUGACGUCACAUAGAACGUUAGGAGUGCGGCAAUUGGACAUGGUGUGGCCUUGCAGGCCAAACUGGGACUUGUGCCAGGUUUAAUUAAGCUUGUCCAGUCCACACUACAUCUAACAAUUUGUGGGGCUGGGAAAUCCCAGAAGUGUCAUUCUUUCAAGUGGUGUCCGUUAUCAAUGCAUAUCAAAAUGACUAUGUAUUAUAAAACAACUAUUUAAACAAAUUUUUCAGUCACAUGUCCAACUUACCACAUAAAAACAAGAUUCCAAAGAAUCUCUUGGACUUCCCUCCUCCCCUUUGUGGGUCCUAUUGUUAAUCAUUUCCUCCUGCAUCUUUUAUGAUAAUCCAACUUCUUUUACCUCUCCAUUAUGUCUAAAAUUCACCAUUAAACUACAAGUGGUAUUCCAAUCCUACUAAUGAUUUUAACUGUUUACAAUGGUUUUUAAGAUAAGUUACAAAUUUUCCCCAUUCCUUAUUAAAUUUUUGGUCUUCCUGAUUUCUGAUGCUUCCGGUCAUUUUGGCGUAAUCCAUCAACUUGAUCUGCCAUUCUUCUCUGCUAGGAGAUUUAUCGUCUUUCCAUCUCUAAACAAGCUUUUUUUCAACUCCUCACUCUCUCUGAUCCACCUGGUCUCUCUCUAUACUUUUUGUGCAGAAUCACUUCCCAAUGGCUUUUCUCGUAAUCUGCGCCCUUCUCUCCAUUUCACUAAGUUUCUCUCCCUACUCUCUUACUUGGUUCCAUGUCCAUUGAUCCAUUUUUCCUUUUUCAACUUUGACAAAAGAAAAAAAAAAAUGACAGUUAACUAUAUAGUUUCAGAAGUCCAUAGGCCCCCUUGAAUUUAGACAUAGUCUCUCAGGGGAUGGGGUUUCUGUGCUACUUGACUUGCCUGAGUCUUUAUCUGUUUUACUACAGGAGACGUAAUUCUUUACAGGUGGGUAACAAGAUACUUGUUUCAAGUGGUGUUGAUUAUCAUUAAGGAUCGAGCAGGAGUAUUCUGAAACAAAUAAUUUUCUUUUCUGCCAACUCUCUCUGACCCUCCUCUCUCUUUACCUUUUGUGCAGAAUCACUUCCCAGUAGCUGUUCCCUUAACUUGUACCUUCCCUCUCUGUCACUUCAGUUUCUCUCUUUGAGUGCUGUCCUAACUCUCUUACUUUGUUCCCCAUCCCUUGAAACAAUAAUCUCUACCAAGCAGUGGCAUAGCAUGGGGGGGCUGAGGGGGCCAUUGCCCUAGGCCCAGUUUAUUUUGGGGGGGAAGGGCACAUCAUGGCGCCUUGCCGUGUCUCGAGCUGUUGUGUCCUUGAAGCAACAGGCGUACAGCCCGGCCCCUGCGAACCCAGCACUGCUUUUGCGAGCGGCGCUGCUUGCAGGGAGGGCACCAUGAGCUAUUGUGUUCUUUUCGCGGCUCCCUCCAGCUGGGAAGGGGAGCUGAGAAGAAUGCCCAGCAUCAUUUUUGUGACUCUUGCAAAACAACGCUGGACUCACGGGGCGCCUUCAGUGUGUCUGUUUUGCAGCACUGGGCAGGGCAGGGGUCGCUCUGGUGGCAUGCCCUGCCCCCAUAGCCCUCCCCACCCACGGCACAUUUUUUUGAGGGGGCACAAUGCCCCCACACCCUUCCCCACGCCCCUGCCUGUCCCUGGUGGCAAUCAGGGAUGCAGUGCCCCUGCUACCAAGAAAACGCCCUAACCCUGAGCCUUGCUCGGAAGAAAUGUUAAAAGGAAAAUACAUAUCCUUUGAAAUGUAAGCUACCAAAUAACGCAGUACACAGACACCAUCAGUCAAAAGAUCUGAAUUUGUAUUGGCCAUCAUUAUAUACCCGGAAUAAGUGUUCUGGAAUCUGUUCCUUCAGUGCUAGAGAGGAACACUUUCUUGCUUCUUCUUUCUUGCCCCAUGGUUAACUGCUAGUCACAGGGAUGCCCAAGUGAGGAAGAUAAAUUAAGUCAACAGCUGCUUUCGGUAAGUUACUGGCCAAAGCCAUAGGCAAUCAAGUAAAUGUUGGACUUGUAGGGUAUUAGCUAUUCUGCCUAAUACUAAGGCUUCAGUAUCUGAAGAAGUGGGCAUACACACGAAAGCUCGUACCAAUAACAAACUUAGUUGGUCUCUAAGGUGCUACUGGAAGGAAUUUUUUUAUUUUGUUUCAAAAAAGGCCUCAGGCAGUUCUGAGGGAGGGAAAAGUUACUUUGUCAUACGUAAAUUUGUCAGCUCAAGAAACUAAAGAAAAGUUUUUUAAAAGAAAUGAAAUUAUACCAUUGAAAUGCUGCGCUUUCCCCAGAUUGACAGCCCCAGUGCAGUACAACUUACUGCCCGACCAGAAGUUCUCUGUCUUGGAUAUGUUUUGAACCUUGGACAAGAGAGAAAUUUAAGAUCUGGCUGCCAGCGAUGGUUAGCGUAUGUGUGGGUUGGUGCGAGAUUCCAGUUCUGUACAGAUGGGAGAAUUUGAGCCUGCCAAGACUCUCAUCCUGCUGCGGCUUCUCUUGUGGGGUGUGUGUGUGUUUGUGUAUAUAGACUCCUAAGUGAGAGCUGUCAACCAGAUUCCAGAAUAUUUGAAGGGCUUGCCAUGCAAUGUCCUCAGAAGUGCUUGUUGGAGGCAGCAGAUUAUGGCUGACCUGUUGCCAGUGAGGUCACCAAAGGUUAAUGAAAUAAGAUCUCCUCAGAUCUUCCUUACUGAGGUGAUACUUCACAGCAAUGCUAUACUGCACUUCCCUCAAAAUCUUCUUAAACCUCCUGAGGAAUUGGGUGGCUCUGCAACGUGGCCCUUUCUCUUCUUGGGAACACUUGAAAAGCCUUUGCAGGCCAAUUUAUUUUAUUUCAUUGACAUUUGUGUGUGUGUGUGUAUGCAGUGCUAUUUCUCUAGAAAAAGAGGUGCCGGAACUCACCAUGAACUCAUUCUCUUAGAAUAUCAAGAGGUACUGGAACUGAGUUCUGACAAGUUCUGUCUGAAAAAAUGCCCUGUGUAUGUCUGCUUUUAUACUGUUCAUUGAAGGACAGAACAAUCAGCAUGUGAAACAUUUUCUCCUUUUUAUUUUUUAAAUGGAAAAAGAAGUCGGGACAGGCACAAAUCACCACGAAGUAAAGAUGGAAGCCGAUCAGAGAAAUCUGUUACCAUUCAAGCGCCAACAGCAGAGCCAUUGCUGGGGAAUGAUUCUUCUCGGGCAGAAGAAGCUCAGGUAAGGAGUGAGGAAGGUGAGCAGCAGAAUAUGGGCUGCAGGUGCAGGAUUUUGUGGGCAGUGAAUAUCUUGGCACCUUGCUAUUAUUACUGUUGCUGUAAAUGUGUUUUUCAGGCUAAUGUCAUUUCAGGUGUGGCAGCAAUAUGCUUAGAGUAACUCUUGAUUUUGAUGCUGACAUGCUCCUGAUAUGACAUUUUUAUGGCAAAGGCUGUCACAGAAUUGCCUUGGAAGCUUUAGAAGCUAUCAGCUGAUCAUGCCUACCUUCAAAGGUUGCAGACUGGGAAUAUUUAAAUGUGCCUAAAUGCUUUUGACCAGUGAUCCAGUGUCCGGUUGUAAUCUGAGUUAUUCUUGACACAGGAUGCUGCACUAUAAAUAGCACAUAUUUGAAAAAUAUUUUUCAACUGAUAUGUCUGGGUGGACUGACUGCUAAUGGCUUCCAUAGGAUCUGAUGCUUUCUGACUGCAAACAAAAAUAGCACAACUCAUUUCUCCUGUACCGCUCACUAGAGACUUCAGAACUCAUUCACAUUCUCUCUCUGUCUCUCUCUUUCUCUCUUACACACACUCUUCUGCCUUGUUGCAGUAAUCUCUGGUGAGGCCCACUUGGAUGGGAAUCUUGUUAUUUGAAUCUAACAGAUGUUCAGUUUCUUUGCCACUCCUGGUAAACCUGACUUUUAAACAAAAAAGCCAACCAGGCCCUUAGGAGAGUAGUCAAACAACCAAAUGUGUCUUGGACCUGACAGCCAAGGUAAUUCAGUUCAGAGUUGGACAUGCAUUUGAGAGAUUGCCUCACCUCUGCCUCAGACUGCCUUGAACUUGCCUUGGGCGAGUCUUUUGCCAUCUUUAAAAAUAAGACUUCCAAUGGCUUGCCUUAAAGAAAAUGUGCUUUUCAGUUUUGGAAGGGCUGUGGAAAAGUUUACCAAUAUGCAAGAUUCACCUUGCAUAUGGUACCUUGCAAAAGUUCCCUAAUCCAAAAAUGUUUUGCAAAUUGCUGAAGGGCAAAGGGGAAGCAGUGGCUGGCUUAUUGCCAUCUUUCUGUGUAGUUUCAUUGGCCUUUGGCUAAGAUGACGUGGGGAGAAAGAUCUACCAAUUAUAUGUACCAUUGGAAGUUUACUGCAAUUUGCAGAGCACUGGAGUAAGCGAAAGACCUUUGGCAAUCUAAUUUCCUAAAUGGCAGCUCUAUUUCAGAUCCAUACUUGUCAGACCAAAUGUCUUGACACCUAGAACAGGAGUACAUGGGCACAGCGCAACAUUGGUGAUGAUACCUGACACUAUAUUUGGUAAACAUUGCAAGAUAAAAAGCUUCUGCCACUGGCUACUUGUUAUGUCUACAGUGGCAAAGGAAACUUCCCAGGGAGUAGAGUGUUGGAUGAUCCAGGUUUAAAUCCUCAGCCAUGAAAAUCCUUAGGGAUGUUGAUUAGCCCAAAGCUAAUUAUGCCCUAUCUCAGAACUAGCUGAUAUGAUAAAAUGGAUGAGGGACCGAAACAAUGGCAGCGUUUGCACAUCCUAAAAAACUAGACUGUCUAUGAAUAAGUCUGAUGACUCCUUCCCUGGAGAGAAUGGAAUAAACAAACAGAACUCUUGGAUUCCCAUUUUGUGGCUCCCUAAGCCACAAACUUGAGCCAUAGUUUGGUGUUGACUUGUUGAUCAUGGCUUGUUGGGGAGCAGCAAACCAUGGUCCAUGGUUCAGAUGUAAUGGGAGGCCAAGACUUCCUGGUUUGUGUAUCCUGCUCACACUACAGGAGGAACAAAGUACUGUAUGAGCUAUCAGGCAAUGUGUGCUCUGCUUGCUCUUAGUAAAAAGGUAAAGGGACCCCUGACCAUUAGGUCCAGUCGUGGCCGACUCUGGGGUUGCGACCCUCAUCUCAUUUAUUGGCCAAGGGAGCCAGCGUACAGCUUCCGGGUCUUGUGGCCAGCAUGACUAAGCCGCUUCUGGCGAACCAGAGCAGCGCACGGAAAUGCCAUUUACCUUCCUGCCAGAGCGGUACCUAUUUAUCUACUUGCACUUUGACAUGCUUUCGAACUGCUAGGUUGGCAGGAGCAGGGAGCGAGCAACGGGGAUUCGAACCGCCGACCUUCUGAUCGGCAAGUCCUAGGCUCUGUGGUUUAACCCACAGCGCCACCCGCGUCCCUUCUUAGUAAACCAUGCUAAACCCAAAAGAUUGGCUUUAUUGUGAUGUGCAAACAUGUAUGUUCUCCUAGGAGGAAUGCAGGAAUAAUUAUUUUUAACAAUAGUGUAUAAUGAUGACAUCUCACAGGUUUUUUUUGGUAAUUAGUGUAUUAGGCCUAUUACAGUGGUACCUCGGGUUACAGAUGCUUCAGGUUCCAGACACUUCAGGUUACAGACUCUGCUAACCCACAAAUAGUACCUCGGGUUAAGAACUUUGCUUCAGGAUGAGAACAGAAAUCGUGCGACGGCAGCGGGAAGCCCCAUUAGCUAAAGUGGUACCUCAGGUCAAGAACAGUUUCAGGUUAAGAACGGACCUCCGGAACGAAUUAAGUUCUUAACCCGAGGUACUACUGUAAUUGUUCUUCCUCGUAACAAUAUCUUUUAACUAUGUGACUCGUCAACUGACCAAAUCUUUUUUGACCACUUAGAUGUCAAGUAUAACUACUGAGGGAUGAGUAACUGGCUGAGAUGUUUCCCCCCAUUUUAAAGUGAAGUAUGCUCUUCACAAAAGUAAAGCUAACAGUGAGAGUAUGGGAGGGAAGCUGUGUGGUUUACUGUUAUCCCAGGUGGCUAUGAGGACAGUCAACUGAGGAAAUCGGGAAACAUCCUAUGGAAAGGCUUUUGCCUAUUUCUCCAGGGCAUCCUAUUCAGCGUGGGGAAGCCAUAAAUGCAGAGGGCAUAGCUUGCUCUGGUCUCUUGUCAGCUGUGUGGGUUCAUCUUGACUGGGGAAUUGGAGGCCCUGAACUAGCCCUCUACGCCUGCAAAACGAGGGCCAUCUGAAAGUGUCCUGACUAUAGGAGUUGCUUAUGAACGUGUUCUCUUCUUUUCUGCUUAGGAUGACAACUGGGGUGAGACCACAACUGCCAUCACAGGUACCUCUGAACAUAGCAUGUCCCAGGAGGACAUUUCCAGGAUCAGCAAGGACUUGGAGGACAGCGUUGGCGUAGAGUGCAAGCGCUAUUUUCUCUUGACAUUGGCUGCUGUUCUGGGACUCCUUGUCUUCCUCACCCCUGUUGCCUUCAUUCUGCUCCCGCAGAUCCUGCGGAGGACUGAGUUAGAGCCAUGUGGCACUGCUUGUGAGGGACUCUUCAUCUCUGUGGCUUUCAAACUCCUCAUCCUCUUGAUUGGCACCUGGGCUCUCUUCUUCCGCCAGCCCAAGGCUGACCUCCCCAGGGUGUUUGUCUUUCGCACCCUCAUUUUGGUCCUCUUAUUUCUGCUGGUGUUUUCUUACUGGCUCUUUUAUGGCGUCCGCAUUUUGGAAUCCAAGGACAUCAACUACCAGGGGAUUGUACAGUUUGCUGUGUCGCUGGUGGACGCUCUUCUUUUUGUCCACUAUCUCGCCAUUGUAGUGCUGGAACUGAGGCAGCUGCAACCAAUGUUCACGGUCAAGGUGGUUCGAUCGACAGACGGAGAAUCACGCUAUUAUAGCCUGGGACACUUGAGGUAGGUCAAAGCAGAUUUGGGAAGCCAGAGCAGCAAUUUGCAUUUAAUCUCUGCUUCCUGCUUUAUUUUUUAAAGGUGGAGGUUUUUUUAUUUAAUAGAUACAAAACUUAAACUGAAGCCAGAAGAGAAACAGAAUUCAUCAAGCUGGAUGAAUCUCCCCUUUUUAAUUUUGGUCUUUAGCUCAAUUUCUGCAGCCCAUUUACAUGUACAGUCAUACCUCGGAAGUCGAAUGGAAUCAGUUCCGGAAGUCCGUUCAACUUCCAAAAUAUUCGGAAACCAACGCACAGCUUCCGAUUGGCUGCAGGAAGCUCCUGCAGCCAAUCGAAAGCAGCAGAAGUUGCAUCGGACGUUCGGGUUCCAAAGAACGUUUGCAAAUUGGAACACUCACUUCCAGGUUUGCGGCGUUUGGGAGCCAAAACGUUCAACUUGCAAGGCGUUCGGGAUCCAAGAUACGACUGUAGUUCCUUCACAAGUUUUGCUGGUGUUUGUUGAAAACAGCUUCAGCUUGUUUUAAGUUGUGUAAGAACCCCAUUUUUAGGCUCCCCACCUUGCCUCUGUGUGGGAUCUAGCCCUGGUCACAGAUUUGCGUCUGUGUGUGGGAUUAAAUGCAUGUAGCAGGAGUAGGACUGGACCUCCUGGCCCUGCCCCCCACGUCAUGAACCCCCUAGCUGCAUAGUGGCCCAUGCAUAUAGCACCAAUGUCCGAAAAAAGAGAGCCCUUCCCUCAUUGGUUUCCAUGCAGUUUGGGACUACCUACUGCACAAGCUCUUUCUUCCUUCUCUGGUGGGGGCAGGAUACCCUUGAAAGCACUGGGCAGCCUCUUACCUGAGAACUUUGAAAGUGUGGUUGUCGGCUGUCUCUCUCACUCUCAGCCAGCACUGCAAACAAGGUGGCAUUAGGUGGUGAAGUUCUCUGUUCUUUAGAGUUUCGCAGCUGUACAAUCUAAAGGUAGUAAAGGAGGUGUGGCAGCAACAUGGAGCUGCAACCCGAUGGUGCUGCUUAGUAAGCAUGCAGGGGUAGAAGCUUAAUAUCUGUUCUGAAUGGAAGGCGCACCAGUUGGUGAGGAACAAAAAUGCCAUGUUCUGUCAGUUUGGUUAGAUCAGGAAGGGAACAGUAGGCUUUCCAGAGGUUGGAUUCCAUCUCCCUUCAGCCCCAGCUUAGAGUCCAAAAACAUCUGGAGGAAGAGCCCCAUGUCACUGGACAGCAGCUGUGGUGUUGAAUGUUUGAAUACUCACCUGGAUAAAAUGCUGUCUCCAUAUCCAAAGCCUGGCAUGUUGAGGAAAAGGUUAACCUAGAACCUUCUCUGUGAUUUUGUGUGUGUUAUGUUUUAGCACUGUUUUAUUGCAUUUUGUUCCUAUGUUUUACACACACACACACCCCACACACAGGGUUUACAUAUAACAGUUCUUAACAGCUUUGGACUUCUGGGCUCCCCCCCCCCAUAUUAAGACAUGAUCUGCAGAUUAUGCUGAUUACAUACCUGGACUGUACCAUUUCAGAUUGUAGGAUGUAUGGGGUUAAGCAUCCCAUGUAAAAUAUUUUAUUUAUGUAGUAAACUAGCACAUUAGAACGAGUGCUAUACUUGUAGCCCUUGCUGUGAUGUGUUCAGUUUAUUACAUCUGGGAAGUCUAUACAUGAGGAAACACUCAGAAAGUUGUCUUCCCCCAAGCUCGCACACAUGCCAUCUGAAAUGGAAUUGCCCAAAUUCUGCCGCCACACUUCGUGCAGUAAUAUGUAACAUCAGCAUUUAGAUGAACCUGUUUAAACGAAAAGCAAAAAACUGGCAAAGGAUGAAUCAGUCUAAACUCUGGGUGGCUACCAUACCAGCUGGGGUGAAAUUGAGCUGAAGCUGUGCUUUUUUUUGUGUGUGUCCUCGUUUUCUUCUCUAUCCCCCCCAAAGUGGGUUGCUCCAGAGAAGCACAUCAGGUGUCGAGAGGCAUAGUAAGGCUUGAAUCAGAUUUGCUGUAGCUCAGCAGUUUGAAAUCAUAAGCUGCAGUUGGCAAUGGGGAACAAAAGGGACAGAGGGAAAAUCUCAUUCUUUGAAUGAGCAAUGGAGGGUGUUGUAAUAAGAGGUUGCAUGAAACGUAAAAUUGCAUUUGGCUUCAGAACAUUUUCACACAAGGUUUUUCAGGUAUACACCGAAAACCACGUAACAGGCACAUGUAUAAUCCAAGUACACAUGAGCGAGCCAGGAUUGGCUGCAGUUUUCUGUUGUCUGUACGUUUGCCGACAAACCUGUCUAUGCCUCUACUUAUUCUGGACUAUUACUUUGGUACAUUACCAACCUUCAAGAGGGUGUACCUUUGUUUUCUAGUCUUUCAAUCCGUCAUUUUCUCCUCUGCCCGUUGUCCAUUCAUGAUAGUCUAGAUGCCUCAGAGGAAUAAUGGGUUAGAGAGAUGCACAGUAUAUUUGUCUGUAAACACGAAUGACAAAAGUUCCCUUCAGGUAUUACUGUCUUGGAAACUGGGCUGUGUGCUUAAGCCCUGACCCAGAGGUACACAUUACAGUGGUACCUCGGGUUACAAACGCUUCAGGUUACAUACUCUUCAGGUUACAGACUCCGCUAACCCAGAAAUAGUGCUUCAGGUUAAGAACUUUGCUUCAGGAUAAGAACAGAAAUUGGGCUCCGGCGGCGCGGCAGCAGCAGAAGGCCCCAUUAGCUAAAGUGGUCUUCAGGUUAAGAACAGUUUCAGGUUAAGAACGAACCUCUGGAACGAAUUAAGUACUUAACCCAAGGUACCACUGUAGUGUCUCAGCCCCUCACACGAUGAGAGUGGUGUGCCUUUUGUGUCUAUGAAGGCUUCCAAUACAAUUGAGAACCUUAAUCUUGUGAGGUUCUCAAUUAAGUGGGCUAAAUGCGUGGCCCCACUGUGCUUCUGUUGCCUCUUCAGGUCAGUAAUUCCUGAAAAGAGCUACGCUUUCAGGCAGUGUAUGAAAUUCCCCAGGUGCCAUGCACGGGUCCAAUUGCACCUGUGUGGAAAUUUUUGGGCACCAGGUUGCAACUGACAUCUCCGUCAAGCCAGCAAAAGACACACGCCUGGGUGUCCUCCCUCAAUACAUCAAGGAAAGUAAGUGCAGGGCUGAGUACAGAUCUAUUUCACUGUGCUGUAGCCUUUCCACAGGCCGCCCAAACGGAACUCACAGACCACAAUUUACAAACCUCUACCUUAGUCCAUCGUUAAUACCAUUUCCCCUGUGUGUGUUUCUCCGCCUUGCACACUGACAAGUGAAUUGCUGUAAGAGCAAGCUGCAGUCAGGCAGUGUAGUUACCGGUAAGAUCCUAGAAUCGUUGCAUUGGGAGGACCCCAGGGCCAUCUAGUCAGCCCCCAAGCAGAUAGACAUUGCUUUGUGGCAGCCGCAGCCGAGGUAUAAAGUUGCAUUGGGCACCUAGCUUAUAUAUCUGAGUUUCUAAUUCUGCUCUCAAGGUGCCUGUGGAAUGCUGUGGCUUGGUGCCACUUUCUUGAUUCCUUGGAAGGGACAUGAGAUUGCUGAGAAUGUGAAGCAUUUCUUGUUGGUUCUCUUAGGGUGGCUGCUGUUUGGUCUUCACUUUGUAUUUGUUGUACAUUGCUGGAUCUCUCUAGUACAGGAAUCCCCACCAGGGCAUCCACAGGCACCGGGUUGGUGGCCCUUGUGCAUUUUGUAUGCUAUUUUUUCUUUUAAUUGCAGGCACUUCCUCCACCUGUGGAGGGGCUUUUCUUUUUUUCUUUUUUUGGUGGGGUGGUCAAUUAUGCUGUGUAUGUGUGUGUCUGAGAGAGAUGCUCUUGGGCAAAAAGAGGGGGAAAGACGUAUAUGCAACUGUAUAGUGUAUGACGGAGAGAUGCAUGUGCUGCUAGUAAGCUUUUCCCUAAGCAAUAGGGAAGUUUUACAAUUUUCCUCUCCCUGCAAUUGCCCUUGCGCUGAGAGUGGUAAAAAGGGGGCUGGACUGAAGAACCAAGUGAAUCUUUAUAUGGUGCCCCCUUUCCUACUGCUUGACUGAUCGAUAGGAGGGUUCAUUGUUGGCCAUGUAAGCGGAGGCAGCAGGCCAGAACUAGCCCAGGCAGAAGAUUGCACAAGAAAUAGGGGAAAGGCAUGUGUCAAGGCUGCCUCAAGUCUCAGCUCACAAAAGACCAACGCCUAUGUCUUCUUAUAUACAAAAGUGUUUAUUGCAGUUCAUUGUUUGCUUGACAUCCUAGGCGCGCAGCCUUACGUCUGCUACGCUUAGACCGCUGAAGUCCCCUCUGAAUCCGUCCCUCCCCUACACCAAUUUAAGAGGCUUGCGCUGCUCCACCUCUUUCUCUCCUUCCUUUUCCGCAGGGUCCUUCUGCCCGCUGGGGUUUCACCCCUCCUGGAUUCCUCUGACGCGGAAUCAGACUGCUCUUUCCCCCUCCUGCGGGCUUUGGGACCUGGCCCCUCCUCCGGGCUCCCUGUACUUCCGCGCGCCUCUACAUUUGAACUUGGCGCGCGGGCCAAACCUCUAACUUUCCUUUUGACAGUUACACUACUCCCUUCACUGCUCCCCUCCCCUCCGGGAGGGCGGCUUGCUCUGACCUCCCUCCUUUCUCUGCUGCCGGAGCUGCUUCCCCUGACACACUGGAAACUCCACCCCCUUCGCUGCACUCUGGUGGGGAGGCUGGUCCUGACGCCCAGCUGCCACUUUGGGAUCCUCCGCUGGCCCCCUGCUCCUGACACGUCCCCCCUGGGGCUGUGCUGGCCUUGACCACCGGCGCCCCCUUCUGGGAAUCCUCUGAUUCGCUGGAAAGACUCAUGGAAUCUCUUGAGUCAUUGUCAUCCUCUUCCUCGCUGGCUUGGAAUUCAUCCCCAUCGCUCUCCAUCUCCUGCCUACCCUGUGCCUCUCUCCCUGAACCCCUGACAGCAUGUUUCUUGGACACUGUACAUGCUGCCCAGAGAAUGUGCAUACUGCUAGAACAGGGAUGUCCAACAGGUCGAUCGUGAUCAACUGGUCGAUCCCUGGGAGGUUUUGGUUGAUUGCUGGCUUCUCCAUCCAGCCCUGGCCCCUCGCCCCAUCCUCUAGAUAGCCAGAACGGAAGUUGGCCUUGCUGCGAGGCUUACUGUUUCAUUAGCGACUUCUAGGUGAGUGACUUUAUUCAUUUAUUCCUUUGCCCUGCUCCCCCCCAAAAGGGACGUUUCCCCCCUAAAAAAACCCCUCAAAAAAGGGGUAGAUCACUGCCAGUUUUUAAUUGUAGAUCGCAGUCUCUUGGAAGUUGGACGUCCUUGUGCUAGGAGAAUCUACAAAAUGCAUUGCAAAUACGUACUUUCCUUAAGGCCUGUUUGGAAUUACAGCAUAUGUGAUGUCAGGUGUGGGAAAACUGAGACGUAAUUGCCAGUGUGCAGUCAGGAGACCUGAAGUGCACACUGGCUUGUGCAUUGGCAAGACAGAGCAGGUUUUGGCUCUACUCAGUUAGCUAAGGGGCAGUAGGGCCUAAUCCUUAAGGCACUUUAAAGCACCUCACAGGGCUCUUUACCAGCCCUGCAUAGUGCUUUAAAGUCUCUGGCUUUGGGACUUCAAGGGUGCUCAAUCUUGCUGGAUCAGACCAGAGGCACCAGAGUGCAACAGUGCUUUCAACAGCAGUAUGCUUUUUCUCUGUUUCUCCUAUUCAGUGUCCCUGCAGCCCACACUGUUCAAAGCCCAGCAUGUGCCGAGUGCAAAUGAAACUCUAUAGGAUCUCUAUAAGGUGCUGCUCCUGGAGUAAUGAAUGAUCUGGCUGUUCACUGGCAUUGCUGGGUGAAUAUGAGUGGGCUUUUAAUUCCCUCCUGUUCCAACAAGAUCUUAUUCUCAAAGGUUCAUAGGGUUGCAGCCCCGAGUUCAACUUUUCUUGAAAAAUUGCUUAAGCUCAUCUGAACUUUUGUGUAUUCUUGCCUCUUACUAUAUAUCAACACCAGUUUGGCUCAGAAUAAAGCAUCUACUCUUCUUGGUUUGUGGAUAAGCACUGCCACUGAGAGCAAAGUAAGUUGGCUGCUAGAGCCUGAUGUUCACCUAAGCAUUUUAUCUGUUCGUUUUCCUCCUUGGUGCUUCUUCUUCUUGUCUCCCCUGUAUUGACCUCUCAGGAUUAUCAAUAGAAAAUACUUCUAGUUCAGCACUGUCAGUUGGUGGUUUGGGAAGAGCAGUUGAAAUAACAGCUGACUUAGUUCAGCUUGUUCUCCUUCCUUGUGUCCAAGUGAAGGGCAAAAAGAGGUUUGGCAUACUGGCUGCACUCUUUGGAAGCCUUUCAAGAUCAGGAGUUGGAAAUGGUUUCUGUGGCCCAGCAGUUUCCUGAGGAAUUCGGGCUGCGUUAACUAGUGCGCUAAAAUGUUUAAAACUAAAUAAAUAAAAAGCUUAACUGUGGAAGUUGUUUGAUCAGUCUGUUAAGAAAGAUGCAUCCUCAAAACUAAAGGAUUAAGAAUAUCAGCACCUCUUUUUUGCAUUCUUUUUGAAAAUAUAAGAGCUUCAAGAUCCUUUCACAACCCCCUGAACAUUUCACGUACCUCAUGCUUACCCUGAGAAGUGUAAAGCAUUUUGCCUUAGGAUUAGUUCCUCCUUUCUAAGCCCCUCCUGAUGACCAGAUCACUAGUCAUGCCUGAUUUAUAAACAGUGUAACUUGAUGACCACCCCAACAGAUACUCUGGCGAGACUUAAGAAGACUGCUUAAUCUUGAAAAUAUUAUUUGAAAGAUUAAUGGCCCCAUUUCCUUCCUGGUCCUUUCUGUGUGUCAGAGGGAGAUCUGGCAGAUUCUGCUUCUCUCAGCAGAGUAAUGGCAGAAACUGCACCUGCCAACCUCCUCUCUUCCCGCCUGCAGGCAAACAGUGAGGGCUCAUCCACCCAGGGCCGGAUUUAGGUUUGAUGAGACCCUAAGCUACUGAAGGUAAUGGGGCCCUUUAUAUGUCCAGCUGUUCUUUGUCAACAACAAAUUGUCACUGUUUUUUGUGUUGAAUAUAUGCUAUUGUAAUUUAUGGACCUAAUAGGUAUCUAAAGCCAUUUACACAUAACAAAAUACAGCGGUACCUCGGGAUGCGAACGGGAUCCGUUCCGGAACCCCGUUUAUAUCCUGAAUGAAACGUAAGACGCGAUGGCGCGCGUGCACAGGGCACGUUUUGCCGCUUCCACACAUGCAUGUGACAUCAUUUUGAGCGUUUGUGCAUGCAUGAGUGGCGAAACCCGGAAGUAUCGUGCUCUGUUACUUCUGGGUUGCCGCGGAGUGCAAUCCGAAAGCGCUCAACCUGAAGCACAUUCAACCCGAGGUAUGACUGUAUGUAUUUCAUCAAAGUAAUUGUUGAAAAGUCCAUGCAGAAUGCAAAGUCCAUGCAGAAUGUAGGCACCCUAUAUAUAGAAAUGAGCAAACGAGUGAUAUUUUAGGGAGCGAGCUAGCAGGAGGGGCCCAUGACUUACAUCAUAGGAGCCUACACAACACAAAACAUUGUUGCUGUAUGUAGGUUUUAUUUUAUUUGUUUUUUAUCUUAUAUUUUGGAAAUGUACAUCCAGUUUUUCCCCUUUAAUUUUUUGGGGGUCCCCCAAGCGAGUGGGGCGCUACGCUUGUUUAGCUUAUACAUACGUCCGGCACUGCGUCUACCCCUCUGUUUGCCCUGCUGCUUCCCCCCAAGGAAACCUGCAAUUUACCGCUGAGUCGGACCAAAUGGCCAUUAGGUUUUCCAUGGAUUGCAUUCAGUGGUAGACAGCGUGUUUUUCUGGGGGGAGCUGCGAGGCAAACACAAAACUGCUCAGACCCAUGCUUUCUAGGCAUGGGGCAAUGGGAAGUAUGGAUGAGCCCUGGCUGUUACUUCUAGCCAGAUAGCCGAUCCAUCAAGCUCAUUUCUGCUCAAUGCACUCUUGUCUUUUUGCACAUAUAGAGUUGCUCUGGAAGUGACUCUCCUCUGUGCCUGAAACUUUUGAAUAUCAAUAUGUUUUGGAUUCCUUCCAUUCUUUUUGAGAAAGGGAGUGGAUUUGCCCUUAGUAAACUGUCUUUCAAAAAAUGCUCUCUCUGUGCUUCUCAUGGAAAGGGGGGAGGGGUGAAUAAAACAAAUGCAAGGUGUAUAUAUAUUUUUAAAAGGUGGAAUAAAUUUGUAUGCACAAGACUUUCCAGCACUCCUGGCACCUGAUGAAGUUUUAGAACAGCACAUACUACUAUAGCUGCCGCCUUACUUGCCAGAUCAUGCUCUGACAUGACCCACUUGCUGAGUUCACUGCAAGAAGGGGAGUGCUGAUGCUGGAGUCUACUAGCACAGCAGAAGGCUAGACAAGACUGAAGCAAGUUGUUGCAACGUCAAAGUGAAAUUGCAUGCCUGCUUCUGAAACACCCCAUAAAAAGAUUUAUAGCCCAGCAAGCCUGGUUUUCUACAACCACUAUGCAUAGUAUCAUAAGUUUUUCCUUCUUAAUUACUGUGGAAGGGCAAUUCGUUGGUGGCCAGGGAGUUUUAAAAAGAACCUUGCAGAACAAUUCUGUAUGGGUCUAUUCAGAAGUAAACCUUAUUGGGUUCAAUAUAGCUUAAAGGUAAAGGUAAAGGUACCCCUGACCGUUAGGUCCAGUCGUGGACAGCUCUGAGAUUGCGACGCUCAUCUCGCUCUAUAGGCUGAGGGAGCCAGCAUUGGUCUGCAGACAGCGGACUUGUGGGUCAUGUGGGCAGCAUGACUAAGCCCCUUCUGGCGAACCAGAGCAGUGCACGGAAACACCGUUUACCUUCCUGCCGGAGCGGUACCUGUUUAUCUACUUGCACUUUGAUGUGCUUUUGAACUGGGACCGAACAAUGAGAGCUCACCCCGUCGCAGAGAUUCGAACCGCUGACCUUCUGAUUAGCAAGCCUAGGCUCUGUGGUUUAGACCACAGCGCCACCCGUGUCCCCACUCAAUAUAGCUUACUCCCAAUUAAGUCGGUAUAGGAUUGCAAUCCUAACAUGUCAAGGCUGGGGAAGUCUUCCCAAUGGCCUGUGGUUUUUCUCCAGCCUGCUGAAGUCAACAUCAUCUAGCCAUGGAGGGAGAGAAGAUGAAUCACACAAGGGCUCUCCUUGCAUAAGUGCCCUGGGGCGCCGCCAUAGGGCAAUCCUACCCAGGAGAGGAAAGCCCUUCAGACAGCACACAUUUCCUUGCCCUUAUCAAAGCUUCUUCUUUCAAAUGCAGUAGUUGGCACAGUGGGACAACUAUCUUACAAAAUUGCUUCCAGCAACACAUAUUUUGAUGCCUGAGGUGGAAAAUCCAAGAUGUGUCCCCUUCUUUCACUUCAUCCCCAUGCUGGGGAACCAGCCCCCCCCCAAUACAUUUAAUAACACUGCCUGUGAUGUUCUCUCCAAUGCACCAGUAUAAUGUGGUGUUCCUUAACAAUCACAGGGUAGUUUCCAUAUUUACUUUAUCGUGGUCCUGUUCUGUUCUAGGUGCCUCACACAUAGCUGCUAUGUGCAGUCUCUUUGCUUUCCUUGCAUGCUGCUGAGGCGCAUAAACCUCUGACAUAAACCUCUCAGGCGGUUUCCCUAUGAAGCAUAACAAACCUCUUAAAGGGAUAUCACCACAUCUCCCUCUUUUUUUUAAUAAUAAUACUAAAAACUGAUAAACAAAAAAUGUAAUGCAGUAAUAGUAACACAUAAUCACUUUCAGUGAGCCCUUCUGGCUUUCUUAUGGCUCUGUUGGACCUCCCUUAGCUGUACAGUAUUCCAGUUCCUGGUGCCUAUUUGCCAUGUCCAGGGCAGCUGCUUACCAGCUCCAUCUGGUACGCAGGCUGAGACCCUACCUGCCCACAGACUGUCUCGCCAGAGUGGUGCUUGGACUACUGCAAUGCGCUCUACGUGGGACUACCUUUGAAGGUGACCCGGAAACUACAACUAAUCCAGAACCCGGCAUCUAGACUGGUGGCUGGGAGCGGCCGCCGAGACCACAUAACACCAGUCUUGAAAGACCUACAUUGGCUCCCAGUACGUUUCCAAGCACAAUUUGUUGGUGUUGGUGCUGACCUUUAAAGCCCUAAACGGCCUCGGUCCGGUAUAUCUGAAGGAGUGUCUCCACCCCCAUCAUUUUACCCGGACACUGAGGUCCAGGGCCUUCUGGUGGUUCCCUUACUGCGAGAAGCCAAGUUACAGGGAACCAGGCAGAGGGCCUUCUCGGUAGUGGCGCCCUCCCUGUGGAACGCCCUCCCACUAGAUGUCAAAGAGAACAACAACUUCCAGACUUUCAGAAGACAUCUGAAGGCAGCCCUCUUUAGGGAAGCUUUUAAUGUUUGAUGUAUUACAGUAUUUUAAUAUUUUUUUGGAAGCCGCCCAGAGUGGCUGGGAAAGCCCAGCCGGAUGGGCGGGGCAUAAAUAAUAAAAUAAUAAUAAUAAUAAUAAUAAUAAUAAUAAUAAUAAUACUGUUUUGUUUUGCUGAGUUUUGGGGAGUUGUUUCUCUGCCUUCUUCCCCUGUCAUGGAUUUGAGUCCCUCAUUUGGUGCAGAGUGGUGUUGGUUGUCCAUCAUUGUUUCUGAGUGAAUAAUAAUAAUAAUAAUAACAAUAACAACAAUAAUAAUAUUGAAUCAGUAGGAGAUGCCUUCUCUUCCAUCGUGUGACCGCUUCAUAUGAUAUUGAAGCCACUUAGUGGUGGAACACUGUCCGUUCCCCUUUUGGAUUUCCAUUCCUACAGUGGUACCUUGGGUUACAAACGCUUCAGGUUACAAACGCUUCAGGUUACAGACUCCGCUAACCCGGAAGUAGUACCUCGGGUUAAGAACUUUACCUCAGGAUGAGAACAGAAAUCAUGUGGUGGCAGCGGGAGGCCCCAUUAGCUAAAGUGGUACCUCAGGUUAAGAACAGUUUCACCUUAAGAACGGACCUCCGGAAUGAAUUAAGUUCUUAACCAGAGGUACCACUGUAUUGGAACUCAGCACAUGAUUUUCUUGAAGUGAUGGCAAGUCUUUGGUACCCUUAUCGUAUUACCAUUUCCCCUCAGCCUUGCACAGAUUUUUGCAUGGGUAGAUGUCAGCAGCACAUUGUUUCACAGGCAUAAGCCAAAUGGAAGCCCCUUGAAACAGCAGCUUCCCCAGAGUGAGUUAAAAGUGCACAGCUUUGCCCUUUCCCUAACUAGGAGCACCUGCCCAAACCCUGCAGAUGCAUCCCAAGUGGAGAAACGCCUGGCACCUGCCGUAUCCCCAGAGUUCAUCCCUUGUGGGAAUGAGAAAAUGACAUACUUGUUCAGUUGUUUGGGAUCCAGGCAUAACAGCAGGCAACAUUUUCUCACAAUUACUAAAGGAUGCACCCAGGGAGUUGGCCCUUCUGCCUUUCAACAGUGCCCAGUGCAGUUAGUCUGCCUAGCUCCUCUUUCAACCUUUUUCUUACGGCUAGGGGCACAUUUCUUGAGACAGGAAUGGUAGGUGUGUAACCUUUUUCUCUGUGGUGUUUGCUGUCUUAAUCAGGUUUAGGUCUCAGCAUGCUUUUAACCCUAUGGUGGGCACUGGUGAUGUUGGCACGGUUACAAGCUGCACUUGCAUGGCAUUGCCCUUGUGUUUAAUUACUAGUUCACACAUGCCCUUGUCUGGAAUGGGGGUUAUCUUCAAAGUUUUUAGAUUAAACUUCUUGUACUCUAAAUAGAGGGGCUUGACUUGCAUUUUGUAACUUUAUUGUGUGGCCCCAUGUCUACCUUAAAUGUUACCGUGUCAAGGGAAAUGAUCUGGUCUUGUGAUGUUUCAUCCUCUUGCAACUUGCCAGUGCAGAAAUCUUCCCCACCCUCACCCGUGCAGUUGCUAACUUCACCAUGCAGAGCAUGAACUCUCCGUUGGUGAUACUGCGUCUUAUGGCUUUAAUUGCAGACCCUUGAAAAUAGUGCAGCUGCUUGCGUAUGUUGCAACGUAUGCUGGGCACUUCAGCCACAUUUGGUGCACAGCUUUUUCCUGUUUUCUUCCUUGUGUCUUGCUCCAGUUGCUUGCUUCCACUUGGAGCUCUCAGUUUUGUUUGGUUUCUGCGUGGACUUGUGGGGUGGUGCUUUCCAAAUUCCUAGGCCUUCUCUAGGGUCCUGCUUGCCUUGUAAUGUUUGCAUUCCCUGCACUGUUGCUUCAGCUGUUUUGCAAAUUCUGAAUGCCUUUUCUAAGGCGGGAUCAUCAUUUUCCAGCAGCUUUUUCUGGAUGCUGUUGUCUUGGAUUCCCAAUACAUACUAGCUGCUCUCUCAGGCAGGUUUCAGUUAACUCUCCAUAAUUGCAUGUUUCCAUAGCAGGCUGAGAACAGCCACAAAAGCCUCAACCGUUUCUCUCUCUCCGGUCUCAUUUUGAAUGUAUAAUGUUCAAAGGUAUCAUUCCUUUUAGGGAGGCAGUUUUCCUCAAACCUUUCCUGCGCCAACUUGUAGUUAAGUUUUUUUCAGUGGCAGAACGUUGUAAGCCAUUGCAUAGAUACGUUGCUUCUUUGUCCACUACAUUGAGAAAGAAAGGGCGCGGUCUUCUGACUGUGCAUCAUCCAUUUCUGUUUUUACCCAGCAUCUCAUAGAAGUCAAAGGCUUGUUUAAAACGUUGCCAGCCUUCUGCUUCAUUGCUGGAGAGGCUCAGUAUAGUUGGUAGUCCUAAAUCAACAUUCUUACUUUCCUUGACUUCUCUUCUAACCAGACAGGUUUUUCUGGAGACAUCCCACUCCUGCUACCGUUUUCUUAGAUGUUGUUUUGUUUAUUUAACUAUUGGGGGGGUGUCAUGUCACAAUUUAACUUCUCAUGGUUCUGUUCUGGGUGCCUCUCACACAGCUCCCACCUACAGUCUCCCUUCACCCCACCUGGCCCCAAAAUAUAACAGACCUCUUAAAGGGGACAUUGCCACACUUGCUUUUAAUGGCACUGAAACUCAGUUAUAUGAAGUGGAUGCCUCAGUUUGACUUCUUUUAGACCUGGCUAGCGGGGAAAGGGUUUGUGUGUUACAUUAGAGAUGUUAUCCUAUAGAAUUGUAGAGUUGGAAGGGACCCUGAGGGUCAUCUAGUCUAGGAAUAUGCAGCUGCCCCAUAUGGGGAUCAAACCUGCAACCUUGGCGUUAACAGCACCUUGCUCUGACCAACUGAGCUAUCCCUGUUGCUUUUAGCAACAGAAAUUAGUCUGGAAAUUACCAUGGAAAGAGAGGGCUAAUGUGUCCCUUCUGUGGCAUUAAUAACCCACAGUAAAACCUAGACUCAUUUAAUCUGGCCAGUAGCCAAAUAACUUUGGGAGCACCUUUCUCACUGUUUCAUUUAUUAGCUGAACACCUUUGCAAGCUUUUCUCUCUGCUGAGAUGGUUUCCAUUCUUUGCUGCCUCUUGGUAGUGUUUGCUCAUAGAAGUGAAUGCCUGUGUGGGAAGAGAAGGGUGUGUACAUGCGCUAACGUUGGGUGGGGGGCGGUUCCCAUUCCUUUAUGGCUCGUAACAUGCAGCCGGCAAAGCUGAGUUACAAAGGGUGGUGCUUCUCCUUGAUGUGGGCAGGAAGGUUUAAGCAAUGCAGCCCCAGGGGGCUGUUUCAGGCAUGUGCUCAUUCUGCAAAUGAUUGUGACCUUUCUGGUUUUCUGGUUGGUGCCAUCCAUGUAAUUAAGGUCUGCUCCUCCUUGUAUUUCAGCUGCUGCCUCUCUUUAGUGGGCAAAGGAGCAAGUAAAAAAAGGAAGGGGGUUAGAGAACCAGAAGCCUCAUUGGACCCAGCCAAUGAUGCUUCUUUUGUAUGUAGAUGGUUCAGCAAAAAAAGGAACACAAAGAGCUUACGUAUUUCUCCUUAGUUGACAGCCACAAGAUGGCUAUAUGCAUGCAAGUAGAGAUUACAAAUAACACCAACAAUAAAUGAAUGGAGUGGGGUGAAAUGGGACAUUUCUUUAAUGGCCAAAUUGAGCCAUUUUAUUGGGGGUGGGGGGAGAGAGCAACAGUAUAUUUUUGAUAAAACUUGAAACCCAUUUACUUCGAGAACCAAAGGAGAAAUAGAAAUUAUUUUAAAUGAUACUAUUAUGAGAAACAAUAAUAUUUGUAAUGGAAUAGCUUGGUAACGGUGUCUGUUUUAUAAGAUGUUAAAUUAAUAAAGAAGUAAAAUCAUUGCAUGUGUUAGGAGUUUAAGAUACUGGAAUAAUACAUAUAAAUGUGUAUAUACUAUGGGCUGUGACCCCAUUUGCUUCUCUUGCCAGCCAUACCUUCCCGCCAAAAGAAAGUAUUUCUUUACACAUAGUGCAUAGUUGAACUAUGGAAUUUGCUCCUGUAGGGGACAAUGAUGGCCACCAACUUAUUUGGCUUUAAAAGAGGAUUGGAGAAGCCCAUGGAAGAGAGGGCUCUCAGUGGUUACUAGCUGGGAUGGCUAUGUUUUGCCUGCACAGCUGGAGGCAAUAGUUCUUCCGAAUACCCGUUGCUGGAAACCACAGGACAGGAGAGUGUUCUUAUGCUCAGAUUUCUCACAGGUAUCUCGUAGGUCACUGUGAGAACAGCAUGCUGGACUAGAUAGAUGGGCCAUUGAGCUGAGCCAGCAGCCUCUUCUUACGUUCUAACCCUCUGCCCCCCUGGCCAACCCCUUCCCUUUACACCUGGCUAACCCACCAUAUUUCCAUUGCUCACCUGAGCUGCUUACCUGCCCACAUCUCUGGUUCCCUCCUCCUUACCUUGCCUGGGCUGCUUGCCUGGGUAGCCUGCACAGUCGCAUCUCCAUCCUCCAGACCCCUCCUCCUUGCCUUGCCUACCACCCUGAUCACCUACCUGCGUCUCCCUCCUUCAGAUUGCGCUGCCUCACCCAGACUACUUGCCUGAUCCACUUGCUUGCUUGCUUCGCACAUCUCCAUCCUCAGGCUCCCUCCACUCCUCACCUGUGCCUUCAUGUUCGUCCUCCAGAUACCCUCUCCUCUCCUCACCUGGGCUGCCCUCCCAAUGGACCAGCAGCUCCCCAUACUGUAGGUCCCUUCCAAUUCUACUGUUCUCGGAUUCUAUUAUUUUGUCAUCCAGUAUCACCUGUCUGUGGCCAAGCAAACUGCAGCACGAUUAUAUCCUUAUGGUUUUAUUAGAGAGAAAGUUCUCAUAGUAAUUAAUAUAGAAUAGAUAAUAUAUGUAUCUGUCAGGGGUUCAGGAGCAGAGGCACAGGAAAGGGAGGAAAUAGAGAGCGAGGGGGAGGAGUCCGAAGGAAAUGUUAGCGAUGACAGCGGUCCGAGGUCUCUGAGUCUUUCCAGCGAAUCGGAAGAUUCACAGAAAGGGGCUCCCUUGGUCAGAGCAAGGGGGUGCCGAGGGGACACCCCAGGAAGAAGGGGCCAGAGGGGACUCAGAGAGCAGCAGUUGGAAAUCAGGACCAGCGUCCACACCAGAGUGCAGUAGGGGGGGAGGAGUCCCAGGCAUCGGGAUCAGGCGGCGCACUGCCAGUGGGAGGACAUGAGUCAGGAUUGGCCACGCCUCCAUCGGGGAGCGAGGAAGCGGUCGAGAGGAAGGUUGAAGGCUGGGCGCGCGCGCCAAGUUCAAAUGUACAGGAGGGCGGCGCAGUUGGCAGCCCGGAUAGGGAGCCAGGUCCCGAUGCCCGCCGAAAGAGGGGAGGAGUCAGGGGGUCAGCGUCAGAAGAAUCCAGGAAGGAAGGGACCCCGGGGGGUAGCAGGACCCAGAGGAGAAAGGAGAGACGUAAGAGGUGGAGUAAGGCUAGAAUCUUAAACUGGUGUACAGGGCGGAGACUCAGCUGGAGCUUCGACGUUAUAACAGCUUGUCGUAGAGCUGGGGCGCUCCGGCUUGAAAAUGGAAACUGUACUUCAAUAAAGACUUUUGUACAUUACUGCCGGCUAGCGUUGGUCCUCUGUGAGCUGGGACCUGGAGCCAGCUCUGACAGUAAGCUCCAUCUCCAAAAGUUUUGCACCAAAAACCUCGUAACGUGAGUGGACGCAGCGAGGAAGAAGAUUGGUGCUUCGCGAGCUCACAAAAGUCAGGCAAGAUGACUACAGAACAGCAACUAGCAGCCCUGCAAAAUGCAGUGACACAACUCAACGCGGAGGUACUCGCAUCCAGGAAAAGGGAAGAGGAAGCGGCUGCCGCCUGCAGGGAUCUCCAAGCCAGGUUGGAAGUGCUUGCUAAGCAGGGGCAACCGGGACCCAAAUCAGAGGGGAUUGGGCUGGGGAAAAGAGGAGGCAGCCUGGUAUCUCAUUUCGAUGGGAAUUUGCAGCAGUACCCUAACUUCCGAGCAGACGUGCUGUUUGCGCUGGAACUGCUGGAUAAAGACUUUAGAGAUGAGCAAGAGAAGGUGGGGUUUAUCUUGUCCCAUUUGCAUGGGGAGCUAAAGCGUGGCUGCGCAAUCUGUGGAGAGAUAAGGAUCCGGCGCUCCAAAAUGCGGAUGCAUUCAUUAAAGCGAUGGAUUCGUGUUUUUUAUCAAAUAUAGACAUUGAUAUCGCCAGAAAAAGACAUACAUGGGCUCAAACAAGGCAGAGCCAGUGUAAGGCAGUACCAUUCCCGCUUUUUUGCAUUAGUCCAUGCGCUGGGAUGGGAGAAGGAUUCUGCCCCAGCCAGAGACCUUUUUGGGAAGGCUUGAAUGCAAAUGUGAAAGAUGAGAUUGCAAGGGGAGAGACCAAAGAGCACUCAGGAGGUUGUCCGGCGGGCGCUGCAAAUUGGGGUGCGUCUGGAAGAACGUCCAUGGAACAGAGAAGAAGGACGUUGGGGACGUACGCCAGUGAGAGCACCUCCCCUCUUUCCCAAGGAUGCAGCGCGUGUGCAAUCCCCACCUCCGCAAGGAGUGUGAGAGAUACCGAUGGAGAUUGGAGGCGCCAGGGCUCAGUCAGCAACCAGAGCCUUAACACCGGGAGCAGUCAAGCGAAGCCUCCUAGAGGGAACAGGAAGUGCUACAUCUGCGACAGUGCUCAGCACAUGGCGAAAGAGUGUCCCCAGAGGCUCCACAAGCACACUGCAGCCUCAGCAACAGUAACAGAAGCAACUCAGCAGAGAGAACCACAGCAGGGAAACGACAGAGUCUGGUUGGAGGAAGAGGCACUGGGGCCCAGCCAGACAAGUCAAUGAAGCCGUCCCCAGAGAUUUUGCAGCCCACAGACCCCCUCCCGCCCAAACCAGUGGUGCAGCUCACAGCAUCGCUCCAACUACCCAAUGGACUCACUAUGGAAGUGCCGAUUACCAUUGACUCUGGUAGUAACGCAGACUUCAUAGGACUGGAUUUCCUUCAAGAGCACAACAUAGCACUCCUGCCAGCCACGCUGCCUCUGAAAGUUGUCACGGUGGAUGGCAGGGAAUUGCUGGGGGCAGGUGGUGCAGCAAACGCCUCCGAUGGUGAUGCAAAUUGGGAAUCACCGAGAAGUCAUCAGCUUCAAUGUCACCCAACUGUCGGACACGCCUAUAGUAUUAGGCAUGAGUUGGCUGCACAGGCACAGCCCAGCAUUGGCGUGGUACCAGCGACAACUGACCUUCGGCUCCUCAUACUGUGCGGAACAUUGCAUUCUGCCUAGCCCGGAAGGGGAAGAGGAUGACCCGCAGCUACAAUUAGGCACGCUGCAAGCAGUGCCACUCAAAUACGCAGCGUUUUUGGAGGUUUUCUGCGAGAAGGAAGCGGACAAGCUACCUCCCCACAGGUCUUAUGACUGCAAGAUUGACCUCCUGCCAGAGGCGACGCUGCCAACCGGGAAACUGUAUUCCAUGUCCGAAGACGAGGCUGCAGGAACUCAGGAGUUCAUAGACCUCAACUUGAGCGCGGUUUCAUCCAGGAGUCGAAGGCAGUGGGGGCAGUCCUGUAUUCUUUGUGAAGAAGAAGGACACGCCCCAAAAAGGCUUGUGGUGGACUAUAGAAUUUUGAACUCGAAAACCAAGCCCACAGCCUUUCCCAUGCCCAAGAUAGAUGACCUGCUCGCAACGGUGAGGAAAGGACGCGUUUUCACAAAGUUGGAUCUGCGAAGGGCGUACAACCUGAUUCGCAUGCGGGAGGGCGACGAAUGGAAGACUGCCAUGUUCACGCCCCUGGGCACCUAUGAAUACAGAGUUAUGCCCUUUGGAUUACAAAAUGGCUCCCACUGUUUUCAAGCCUUCAUGCAUCACGUAUUGGCGGGUCUCCUCUACAAGAAAUGCGUCUGCUUCCUGGACGACAUCCUGAUAUUUUCAGAAUCAGAGGAGACCCACGAGGGAGACGUCAAGGAAGUUCUGCAGAGACUGCAGGAGCACAGGCUGUACGCCAAGCUGGAGAAGUGCCAGUUCGACAUGAAGGAGGUAGAUUUCCUGGGCUACAAGUUGUCGGACAAGGGGCUCGCCAUGGACAGCGCCAAGGUUCGCUCAGUGUUGGACUGGAAGAGCCCGCGCAAUCGGAAGGAGGUCCAGCGGUUUGUCGGUUUCGCCAACUUUUACCGCAAGUUCAUCAAGGGGUUCGCGAUGCAGACGGCGGCCAUUACCGACACGCUCAGCUCCAAGAAGAAGAAGUUCAUCUGGACGGAGCAAGCGGAGCAGUCCUUCCAGAAACUCAAGCGUCUCUUCUCGUCCGAAGAGCAGCUACUGCAUGUGAAUCCCAGCAGACCGAUGAGGGUUGAAACGGACGCCUCAGACAGAGCCGUGGGAGCAGUACUGUUGCAGCAAGACCCGCAUGGGGACUGGAGACCGUGUGCCUUCUACUCCAGGAAGCUCAGCAAGUCAGAGCAGAACUACACCAUCUGGGACAGGGAGUUGCUGGCCAUUCAUGCAGCAUUCAAGGCGUGGCGGCACUUCCUCAUUGGAGCCAAACACACAGUGCAGGUCCGCACGGACCAUAAAAACCUGGAGUACUGGCGCACGGCAAGGUUCCUGAACCAGAGGCACAUACGAUGGGCGGAGUUCUUUGCGGAUUUCGACUUCAGGAUAGAGUACAUCCCAGGCGACAACAACAUCAUGGCGGAUGCACUGUCCAGAAAGCCGCAAUACCUCGAGGAGGCGGCACCAGCAGCGGCCAAGCACAUUUUCGGGCGUGCGCUUCAGCAACCGUGGACCUGGAUGCUGUACGUCGAGCACUGCAGGAGGACCCCUUCGCGCAAGCAAAGAUGGCAGAGGUGCAAAGGGGCACGGCGGAGGACGACGAGUUCCAGAUACGCGACGGAUUGCUCUCCGCGCGAAAGUACUGCAGCAGUUGCAUGACGCACCCACCGCCGGGCACUUUGGCAAAGAGAAGACGGUAGAAUUAGUAGCCAGAGAUUUUGGUGGCCCAAGAUGCGGGGAAGUCGCGGAUUACGUCUCGAGGUGCGACACCUGCCAAAGGGCCAAGUCAGUGCACAAACCGCCGGCGGGACUGCUCGAACCGCUGCAGACACCGCUCGAACCGUGGGAGAGGGUGGCCCUGGACUUUGUCACGGAUCUACCCAGCUCGAGGGGCAAGACGGCAGUGCUAGUGGUGGUGGACAUGUUCACCAAAAUGGCCCACUUCAUUCCGUGCGCGAAGGUGGCCACGGCGGAACAGACCGCCAAACUGUUCAUAGACCACGUGUUCAGGGUUCACGGUCUGCCACGGUCUAUCCUGUCCGACCGGGGCGACAGUUCAUCUCGAACUUCUGGCAGAAGCUGAUGGGUUUCCUGAACGUCAAGAUCAACCUAGCGUCGGCGAGACACCCGCAGACGAGACGGACAAGCGGAGCGAGUCAAGCGCCAUCAUGCAGCAGUACCUGCGAUGCUACGCAAAUCAGCAGCCGGCAACAUGGGUGGACUACCUGCCGCUCGCUGAGUUCGCCUACAACAACACGAAGCACGUGUCCACGGGGGUGACACCGUUCUUCGCCAACAACGGGAGGCAUCCCAGAACCUUCCCGGGAUUAGCGAGAGCGGGGAGGGGAGCCACAGGCAGCGGAAGCCUUAGCAUCAGAGUUGCAGGAGGUUCACGAACAGCUUCGGAGGCAGUUAGAACUAGCAAAGCACGCAUACAAACUGCAGGCUGACAAGCACAGAAGGGUUGGGGAAGACAUACAGGUGGGAGACUGGGUUUGGUUAGCAGCCCAGGCAGUGCCGGCCAGAUCGUUAGCGAAGAAGAAGCUAGGGCAUAAGCAGCUAGGACCCUACCAAGUCGAGGCACAGGUCAAUCCAGUGGCCUUCCGGUUGACACUGCCGGAGGGAUCCAGAAUGCACCCAGUUUUCCAUAGAUCAGUGCUCACGCCCUACAAAGCACCUCAUAGAUUUCAGGAGCCAGGAACGGCACCAGACCCGUUCAGGGAAACGCCCACAAGGGGGGGGUCGCCAAGGCGGGAACCCGUCAACGAAGUCACAGAGAUUUUAGACUCGAGAUGGGGGCGAGGAGGAGUGGAAUACCUCCUCGCCAAGGAAGGUACCCGGCUAGCGCCAACAGUUGGGUGCCAGAUUAUGCUCUGGAGGAAUCUUGGCUUAGGACGAGUUCCAUGCCCUUUUCCCACACAGGCCCAUGCCAGCCGAGUAUUUCGACGACUGGCUUUUCACACCCACAUUUUCAGCUAGCACAUUCCAGGGGUUCACCUCGGACGAGGAACCGGCACUAGAAACACGUUCCCCGGAGGGAUCACCCUCGGGGUCUGCCUCAGACCGUUCCUAUUGGUGGGACAAUCAACCAGAGGAGCAGUGGCGCAGGAAGUGGUUGGGGGGUCCUUGGCAGGCAACGUCCCCGGAGGAGACCGGGGGGAGAGACGGACAUGGACGUGUUGGGGGGAGGACCUUGGGUUCGAGCACGGCGGCAAAGAGAUGGAAGCAGAGGAAAUUGAGGUCGGCGAGAGCACGGAGGACGAGCCGGACUUAUCCGGCUGGAUGCACGCCACGGGGACGAACUGUAUCCGGCACUCACCCCCACAACGACGGAGCACCCAGUACCCACACCUGAAGGAGGGGAGGGGAAGGGGGGCUUCGAGGGGGAUGGAUGUCAGGGGUUCAGGAGCAGAGGCACAGGAAAGGGAGGAAAUAGAGAGCGAGGGGAGGAGUCCGAAGGAAAUGUUAGCGAUGACAGCGGUCCGAGGUCUCUGAGUCUUUCCAGCGAAUCGGAAGAUUCACAGAAAGGGGCUCCCUUGGUCAGAGCAAGGGGGUGCCGAGGGGACACCCCAGGAAGAAGGGGCCAGAGGGGACUCAGAGAGCAGCAGUUGGAAAUCAGGACCAGCGUCCACACCAGAGUGCAGUAGGGGAGGAGUCCCAGGCAUCGGGAUCAGGCGGCGCACUGCCAGUGGGAGGACAUGAGUCAGGAUUGGCCACGCCUCCAUCGGGGAGCGAGGAAGCGGUCGAGAGGAAGGUUGAAGGCUGGGCGCGCGCCAAGUUCAACUGUACAGGAGGGCGGCGCAGUUGGCAGCCCGGAUAGGGAGCCAGGUCCCAAAGCCCGCCGAAAAGCGGGGGCGGCGCCAGGGGGGCCAGCGUCAGAAGAAUCCAGGAAGGAAGGGACCCCGGGGGGUAGCAGGACCCAGAGGAGAAAGGAGAGACGUAAGAGGUGGAGUAAGGCUAGAAUCUUAAACUGGUGUACAGGGGGGGCGGAGACUCAGAUGGAGCUUCGCCGAUCUAACCCCUAGACGUAGAGCUGGGGCGCUCCGGUUUGAAAAUGGAAACUGUACUUCAAUAAAGACUUUUGUACAUUACUGCCGGCUAGCGUUGGUCCUCUGUGAGCUGGGACCUGGAGCCAGCUCUGACAGUAUCAAUGCAAUAAAAAUAAAAACCAACCAAUACAAAAAUAUUAGUACUUAUUAAGUUGCAAAUGGUGUUACCAAGCUUUGUUAUCAAUGCUUGUAUAAACAAAUGAUUUGAUUUGCCUCUGAAGUUUUAAAAUAAAGGAAAAGGGAGAACUAUGAGCCAAAAUAGAUGGUGGUGAAAGAUCACGAAUAAUAAUAAAAUUAUUAUUACUUGAUCUCUCAGUAAUUAUAGCUUAAAACAGCUGCAAGUAAUCCCCCUCCCUGCCCCCAAAUUAGGUUGGUGUUGAGAUGCUAGGAGAGGGAAGGUUUAACCCAUGGGUAGGCAAAGUAAGGCCCGGGGGCCGGAUCCGGCCCAAUCGCCUUCUCAAUCUGGCCCGCGGACGGUCCGGGAAUCAGCGUGUUUUUACAUGAGUAGAAUGUGUCCUUUUAUUUAAAAUGCAUCUCUGGGUUAUUUGUGAGGCCUGCCUGGUGUUUUUACAUGAGUAAAAUGUGUGAUUUUUUUUUAAAUGCACCUCUGGGUUAUUUGUGGGGCAUAGGAUUUCAUUCUUCUUUUUCCAAAAUAUAGUCCGGCCCCCCACAAGGUCUGAGGGACAGUGGACCGGCCUCCUGCUGAAAAAGUUUGCUGACCCCUGGUUUAACCUUUCUCCUGAACACUUUUCCUGAUCUAAAUCAUACGUGAUACCUAUAUGUGGCUCCUCUGGGAAACACAUAAUUUUUGAUCAGGGAAAUUGUAGUGUACUUAUGUGUAGGGGGAAGGGUUAAAAAGAACAUUUCCCCUGCUGCAGCCCCACCCAAACCCUCCCACUAACGUACAGAGAGAAUUUCUUAAAAGUUUUAAAACAGUGGCAACAACACAGCCCUGUCCUCUAAUUACAAUAAGCUGGAUAAAAACCAGUGUUGGAGGAAGCUUAUGAGAAGCAUUGCAGAUGGGUCCUCUUGCUCAUACACUCAACAGCAUUGCAGUUACAUGGUGGGGGGUGGAAUAUGGUUCUUGGAAGGCUGAGUCUUUCUUUCUUUCUUCUUAAACAUUUUUAUUUCAUUUUAAUACAAAACAUACAAAAAAGAAAUACAGAAAUAAACAAAGGCUGAGUCUUUCACUGAACCAGUUUGGUGGUGAGAAAUUAAAAGGCACAAUAGUGGCUCUUCAGACACAAUGCAUAAACAAGUUAAAAACAGCUGCUUUAUUUUCCUGGCACUAUAAUGAGUAGACCUGAGGUGACCUAGGCAGUUUUCGCCAACCUUGGGUCCCCAGAUUUUGCUCCCAUCAUCCCUGACCACAGGUCCUAGUGGCUAGGGAUGAAGGGCAUUGUAAUCUAACAACAGAAAGUCUUUAUGUGAGUUAGAAGAGUGACUAGUGGGGUGCCACAGGGUUCUGUCUUGGGCCCGGUCUUAUUCAACAUCUUUAUCAAUGACUUGGAUGAUGGACUCAAGGGCAUCCUGAUCAAAUUUGCAGAUGACACCAAACUGGGAGGGGUGGCUAACACCCCAGAGGACAGGAUCACACUUCAAAACGACCUUGACAGGUUAGAGAACUGGGCAAAAACAAACAAGAUGAAUUUUAACAGAGAGAAAUGUAAAGUAUUGCACUUGGGCAAAAAAAAUGAGAGGCACAAAUACAAGAUGGGUGACACCUGGCUUGAGAGCAGUACAUGUGAAAAGGAUCUAGGAGUCUUGGUUGACCACAAACUUGACAUGAGCCAACAGUGUGACGCGGCAGCUAAAAAGCCAAUGCAAUUCUGGGCCUCAUCAAUAGGAGUAUAGCAUCUAGAUCAAGGGAAGUAAUAGUGCCACUGUAUUCUGCUCUGGUCAGACCUCACCUGGAGUACUGUGUCCAGUUCUGGGCACCACAGUUCAAGAAGGACACUGACAAACUGGCACGUGUCCAGAGGAGGGCAACCAAAAUGGUCAAAGGCCUGGAAACGAUGCCUUAUGAGGAACGGCUAAGGGAGCUGGGCAUGUUUAGCCUGGAGAAGAGGAGGUUAAGGGGUGAUAUGAUAGCCAUGUUCAAAUAUAGAAAAGGAUGUCACAUAGAGGAGGGAGAAAGGUUGUUUUCUGCUGCUCCAGAGAAGCGGACACGGAGCAAUGGAUCCAAACUACAAGAAAGAAGAUUCCACCUCAACAUUAGGAAGAACUUCCUGACAGUAAGAGCUGUUUGACAGUGGAAUUUGCUGCCAAGGAGUGUGGUGGAGUCUCCUUCUUUGGAGGUCUUUAAGCAGAGGCUUGACAACCAUAUGUCAGGAGUGCUCUGAUGGUGUUUCCUGCUUGGCAAGGGGUUGGACUCGAUGGCCCUUGUGGUCUCUUCCUACUCUUCUAUGAUUCUAGGGUUAAAAUGAAGGCUUUCCUUGGGUUUGUGCUUGCCAAAAUACAGAGAGACUAUGGAAGUUGUUCUCAUAUAUUGUGGUUUUCAUUUUUGAUAUAUAUAUAUAUAUUUCUUCCCAUUUCUCUUUCCAGUAUCCAGCGUGCUGCUUUAGUCGUUCUGGAAAAUUACCACAGAGACUUUUCUGUCUACAACCCACUGUUGUUAACAGCUUCCAAAGCACGUGCAGAGAAGCACAUGGCGGGUCUGAAGGUCUACAAUGUCGAUGGUAGGUUGAGAGAGGGCAAAUUAAUUGGUGGUAAUGUUUGGAAGCUGCUCUAUGUCCUUUCCCCCUUUUGCUUGCCUUGACCUCGACUGCAGGAAAGUCAGGCUGCCUUCCCACCCCUUCCCUUGCCUCUGUUAUGAUCCAAGGUUGAAGCUUUCAGCUUAUUUUUCACAUGCUGAGAGAUAGAUUUUGGAUGAUGGACACAGAGCAUCAUUACCCCUCCUUGAGGAUAAUUGAGCCCCCCAAAGACUGCCUGGUGCCGCCUAUAGAUGUCCACACAUUGGCAUGACUAUCUGGACGGAAGAGCUAUUCACACAUAGGCUUCUACCUGCAAAAUAUCACACCAAUGCGUGGACCUCUGUAGCUGAGACUGGACAGCAUGCCCAGAGACAUGCUAAGUCUCCAGUAAUCAUCUGGUGCUCCUAUCACAUGAGUAAUGAAUGAUGAGGGUCUUGUAUUUCUCCGCCUUGCCCAAAUGUAAUGUUUCCAGGUGGGGACCCUUGACCAAAAAGUGUUAAACAGCUCAGAGUCACCCGAGCACUUAAUUUCAUGGUACACAUUUCUCUCUCUCUCCCCCUGCCCCGUCUCAACAUUAACACUCACUUCCUUGAUACCAUAAGGCAGAUUGGGGGAAGCCAUGGCCCUUCAGAUGGUGUUAGACUAAUAAUUCCCAUCGCCCUUGGCCACUUGCCACGCUGGCUGGCAUUGAUGGUAGUUGAGUCAAACAAUGUCUGGAGGGCACCAAAUCAGCUACUUCUGCUCCAAGAUGUGGUUAUAGGCAAGCUCGUUUCCCUUAAAGAUGCUGGUGAACUUCUCCACACUUGGUCUGUUGAAGAAUGUGGAGCUUGCCUUAGAGCAGUGAGCAGCUCAGCUCAACAUCUGAAUCAGAGAUGAAAUCCUUGCUUUUGUCCCACCAGCCACUGGCCCCAAACCCCCUCUCCCUUUCCGAACAAGCAGUUGUGGAAACAGCCAGUGCACAGGGAAAGGGGGGCCUUUCCCCAUUCCCUCCUCUCACUUCUUCACUCUUGGGUGCUAGGUGUCAAGACCAGGGAACUAUGCAAGCUUGGGAGACUUGCCCAUCUUCCAUUCCCCUUUCUUGCCUUAAUUUUGCUUUUUGUUUUUAUUUUCCAGCUCAAUCAUAGCCAUCAUUUCUAGGCUUGCAAAAGGGAUCCUUUUAACCAGGUGUUGACUAGCCUAUAGGCAAUAUUCAUACACACCCCAGUAAUUUCUAGUGCCCCCCCCCCCCGGCUCGCAACAACUGGGCUUCUUUUUAUUUUGUGUGUGUGUGCCAAGCAGCAGGGGACAUUGUUGAGCAAAGUGGUUUCGACCCCUCCAUCAAGACCAGCACAGUGAUGUGUGUAUGGGGUGCGUGCCUGUUCGCAGGUCCCCCCGCCACUCUGCUGAGUGUGUCUAUGCCUCUGCCUGCCUUCUUGCCUUCCUGUCUGUACACCCCCUGCCCCUGCUGCGUGGAAGUGAAUGUGUGGACAUCUGCCUGUGCAUAUGGGUGGUGAGUGUGUGCUGGUCACACCCACCGCUGGCAUGCAGACCUUGGAUGCAUGGUCAGUGGGGUCCUCGAACGGUUAGCCAAUGCAGCUUUGACACUCCCAUAAAAAACUGGGCAAAUCCAGGACUCUUGCGUAGCUGUGAUUAGGAAGUAACAUGCUUCUCUCUCCACCCCCAAGCAAAUGCAAGGAGGAAACAACAGUUCUUGUCUUUGGCAUUCAGUAUGAGCCCAGAAGUACUUUCUCCAGAUUAAUGAGAUGAGUUCAUUUCUUACAUCUCUGCCCUCAGCAGUUUGCUAGUCAAGGAAACUCACACGGCCAUUUUGACCUUUGAAAAGCAUACUGUUCUUUUAGUUUACAGAAUGUCUACUUUUUAUGUACUUCUGCACAUUGCUUCUUUUGUUAAAAAUGAGAUGAUGGUGCUCAUAUAAUGAUAAACAUUCUGUGGGUGCCGGCACAAAAUGGCUGCCACGGGCAGCAAAAGAAGAGGUGUCAGUACUCUGUACCAUUGAGUACUGUCACAAAAAGCCCUGCUUCUUCUGUAUGGCCAGGGAGCCUUCUCAGUACAUGGAAAACAUGAUCUUAUUUUGGGGUGGGCCCAUUUUGCUUCCAAACUAAUUGGUGCAUACCAACCAGAGCUCGCUCUCAAAAGGGGUCUGUCCCUCCUAUCACCUCCCCCACCCCCAAUGGGGAGAUGUGAAAGCUCCCAGGACAAAAACAGCUUGUAACCCCCCCCUCCCUAUUUAGGAUGAGAGCCAAACUAUAGAUGUGAUGGAAGACCUGGACACAUUUGGUGAGGGGCCAUAGCCCUCCCCAGAGAGCUGGACAGCACAUUCCUUGCAUACAGAGUAUCUUGGGUUCAGGCCCUGGCAUUAAAAAGAAAAAGGAUUCCAAGGUUGGAAUAGUCCUUGGAGAGCCAUUGGAGGUUGGAGCAGACAAGUAGAAAAACCCAGGGGCCUACGGCAGCAUCCCAUGUCCUGCUUGUCUGGUAGGGGCCAUCUUGCUUUACUGUGCCUGUUUCUGCCUAAAAAAUCUUUCACCGGUUUUGAGAAGUUUAUUUUAUUUUGUCUGGCACUGCUUCGCUUUGUUUUUUGUCCGUCUCAUGCCACUUGAUGUUCUUAUUUUCUGUCUUUGUUUUUUUCCUUUUGAAUCUCUCCCCUCCCUCCCUCCCAUUUCCCCUUUCACACUCCCUCUUUCUUGUCGCUGAAUUGCCAUGUGCUCCAGCUGCCCUUGUGGCCAAACUGAAAAUGCAUUUAGCAGAUGGUAAGUAGCAUCUUUGGUGUAUGUGUCCUCUGUCUAAGUGUAUUCACCCAGUUCCGGUUCUGUGUUGCUGCUGUAUCUUUCUGUAAAAGUUGGUUAUACGGAGGUUACAUCUUAAGUUCCCUUUCCCGGUUUACAUUUUGUUCUGCUGAUUUCAGUACAUCAGGGAAAAAACAUCCCUUUACUGCACUUCUGCACCCCAAGGGAAUAUUUGUGGUCGGAAAGUAUUUUUCCUUUUAGGAAUAAGGGGGAAAAUGAAAGGUGGUGUUAGGUUAUCACCAUUGUUGGCAAGCUGACGGGCUUUUCUUUCUUAAUUCUCAGUCUUUCUGCUCUCUUUCAAGGGCCAGAUAACAGUGCAGCUGGGCAGUCCAGGGCCAUGAUUGCUGCUGCAGCGCACCGCAGAGACUCCAGUCACAAUGAGCUCUAUUACGAAGAAGCAGACCACGAGCGCAGGGUCCGAAAACGUCGAGCAAGGCAAGAAUUUUAUCUGCAGGCCAACCACGGGAGAUGAUACAAUUCUUCCGUAGUCUGGAAUGGGAGUGGGGAUGAUACAGAGUUCCUAUUUAUUUAUUAAAUUUUUAUACCACCCUUCAUCAAAAGAUCUCAGGGCGGUUCACAGAAGAAAAUACAAGAUAAAACUCAAGUAAAUAAUUACAACAAAGCAAUAGAAGAAGAAGAAGAAGAGUUUGGAUUUGAUAUCCCGCCUUUCACUCCCUUUAAGCAGUCUCAAAGCGGCUAACAUUCUCCUUUCCCUUCCUCCCCCACAACAAACACUCUGUGAGGUGAGUGGGGCUGAGAGACUUCAGAGAAGUGUGACUGGCCCAAGGUCACCCAGCAGCUGCAUGUGGAGGAGCGGGGAAGCAAACCCGGUUCACCAGAUUACGAGACUACCGCUCUUAACCACUACACCACACUGGCUCCCCCCUUCCCACAGAUACAUUUAAAAGGCUGUAGGAUAUUAAUCAGCCAAAGGCCUGGUUGGAUAGGAACGCUUUUGCCUGGCACCUAAAAAUAUAUAAUGAAGGAGGCGAACCCUCCUGAGGAGAGCGUUCCACAAAUGGGGAGCCACUACAGAAAAGGCCACUACAGAAAAGUUGCCCCCCUCCGAACCUCACAUGGAAGACACACACAAAGAAGGGCCUCGGAUGAUGAAUGCAGAGUCCGGGAUGGUUUAUAUGGGGAGAAGCAGUCCUUGAGGAAUUGCAGUCCUGAGCCGUUCAAGGCUUUUAUAGGUCAAAAUCAACACUUUGAAUUGGGCCUGGAAACUAAUUGGUAGCUAGUGCAGUCGGGCCAGGAUUGGUGUGCUAUGCUCAAAGCACUUACACCCAUCCCAAUAGAUGUGUGCUGCGCCCUUAACUGGGGAAGAUAAAUGAGAGAGACCGGUGCCAAGCAAGAUGAAAUGGCAAAAGCCAUUGCAUGUUCAGAGAGGCAACUGAGACUAGAGUGGAGUGCAUGGCUCAGCACAGCUGGCUGGAUUGGGAAAGGACAACACACACCCGAGUUUCCCAGGCUUAGGCAAAAAGGAAUGUCUUUCCUUGCGGACUGGACUCACAACUUCUCCGGUACAUCUCCAAGAUGUAGCCAAUGUGCUGCAAAGCAAGAACGGAGGGAUGGAACAGGGUUGGGGUUAGACAUAGUUCCUAGCUAAAGUGGAGGUAGUGGGAUGGGCUGUCCUCAUCAUGCUAUCUUCCCAGAGCAUUCAGAUUUCUCUCUGGGGGCUUUCUGACAACCUUAUUAGCAAACGCAGGCUAGUGUGGUGUAGUGGUUAAGAGCGGUAGAUUCGUAAUCUGGUGAACCGGGUUCGCGUCUCCGCUCCUCCACAUGCAGCUGCUGGGUGACCUUGGGCUAGUCACACUUCUCUGAAGUCUCUCAGCCUCACUCACCUCACAGAGUGGUUGUUGUGGGGGAGGAAGGGAAAGGAGAAUGUUAGCCGCUUUGAGACUCCUUCGGGUAGUGAUAAAGUGGGAUAUCAAAUCCAAACUCCUCUUCUUCUUCUUCUUCUUCUUCUUCUUCUUCUUCUUCUUCUUCUUCUUCUUCUAUUGCAGUUUGCCAUGUACUUGUUAACCUUCCUGCUUUUUGCAAUCCCGGACAAGCAGCAACACUAGGAAGUGUCUAGUGGCCCACCAAGGGCUUAAAUCACAGCUAAUGGGCUGUGUUUGGCCUGGCUGAUCACAAGUACUGUGUGUCUUACUCUCAGUAAAUCCUUCCCAUUUUUUGACGUGCUCACUGCCCCUUCCUACAGCUAUUCAGGUGUUUCUAGCAGCACAUUCAACCUUGCUAAGAGCUUGUGUGAAAGCUCUUGGCUGAAAGAGUGGAGCUAUGUUUAACUGUCAGCUCUGCCUCUAACUAGAUGGCCUCAGGCUGUCUCUCUUAGACCUUACCCUAGUCUACUACAGUUGCGCCUCAGAAGUCGAGCGGAAUCCGUUCUGGAAGUCCACUCGACUUCCAAAACGUUCAGAAACCAAGGCACAACUCCCAUUGGCUGCAGGAAGCUCCGGAAGCUGCAUCAGACUUUGGGGUUCUAAAGAAUGUUGCAGACCGGAACACUCACUUCUGGGUUUGCAGCGUUUGGGAGGCAAAACGUUUGACUCGCAAGGCGUUCGACUUCUGAGGUCGACUGUAUGGGUUUUUAUAAGGCUUACAACACAGUAAUGCGUUCACAGCACUUUGAACACAAAGCGGUCGGAGAGCGUUAAGUGUUCUUCACUUGUUUGUGAUAAUUUUGUGAUAAGUUUGUGAUAAGUAAUUUCGUUGUCCCCGAAGGGGGCAAUGACAAUAAAGAUAUUAUUAUUAUUAUUAUUAUUAUUACUAUUAUUAUUAUUACCAACCUGUCUUUGCUGCAUACACGACAUUCACUCACAAAACGCAGGGUCCAAAAUGCAGAGUCCAAGUACCACAGGUUACUACAACGCCACAAGGAACUUGGGGCUCCAGAAAUGAAAUCCUGCUAUUGCCAAGCUCAGGUUGUUCUUUAAAAGGCAGGAUCUGCCUUGAGAUGCAUACAAUGAAGCUACCUGAUGGUGAAAUUAUUUUCUAUCACAAGAAUAUAUAUUUAACCAUGUGCAUUGUGCAAACAGAAAAGGGGGGCUGGGAAAUGAAACGGUUGGGGAUUCUAGAGCAGGAGGGCAUUCGCAGAGGAGGCCAAUCAUCAGAGCCUUUAGUGCUUCAAAUUGGUACCAAAGCAUUAAACUUCAACAUUCGUGCCGAAGAGAAUUGGGAUUGGGAGGAUCCUGUUCUCUCGGCUGCCUGGUAUCAUGGAGCUGAGUCACUUGCUUUUUGGAAAUAGAACAUCAUUGCAACCAAGGAGGUAACAGAGAUAGAAGAUCUUGAUCCGUCUUUAGUCUAUGCCUCAGUUUAUAUGCUCAGCCAGGGUGACAAAGAUAUUGCCUGCAGAGGAUAAUGAAGCAGAGCCCACCCUUUUGCCACACUGACAACAUGUAUGUAGCAAGCCACCCCCACAGUCUUUUUCCAACUCUGGCCUCAGUUAAUUGUGUGAACUGGGACUGUGCACUUGUGUCACGAGUUCAUGCUGGAGGCCCUCUGCGUAGGGGAGGAGAAGGGCUUGCCCCAGUCCUCCACCACUCUGCUGUUUUCAGUGCCAAAUCCUGCUGAACAUUUACUGACUAUCAGCAACUGACAUUCCUUCUCAGACCCAUUAACUAGCUCCCCCUCUAGACAGCCACAAGUUCCUUCUGCCCAGCGGUGUGCUCAGUUUGUGUGUCAGUAUUUUGCUGGCUUCAAAUAAGCAAACAGUAUAUAUAUUAAAAACCUUCCCGGAGAGUUUGAAUUCAUCAGUAAACAAUAUUUGAUUAUGUGUUUAGGCGGGGCAGAUUCGAGCAGCAGCCAAACAAUGGGAAAGACCGGAUGAAUUACACGUAGAGAUUUCCUGAAGGGAUCCCUUGCUGGUUUUCUGGGUUUUUUUAUCUCUCUGAGUGGAGCUUCUGGUCAUCUCCGAGUCUUCUAUAUUUACAGCCUGUCAGGCUGACAAGAUUUACUCCUGGCUUCAUUCUUUCACAGGAAAUUUAGUAAUGGGAUUCUUAUGGCCAAACUACAUGUGACAUUAAUCGCACCUCCUUGUUCUUUUUAAAGCAUGCAUAACAGUUCUGCUGUUGUAUUGAAGGGAAGGCAGUUGGGCCCGGUCCCUAAUCCAAUGUCAUGCUCUCUAUCUAAAUAGGAACCCUGUGUCAGUUUCCCAGAAUGCCCACCCUGGGCUGCUGUUUGAAGCUGCUGGUACUGCAGCUAGCAGGGGUUGGGGCAGGAAGCUGCUGGCACAGGGUCUUGAUUGGGUAUCCGUGCCACUGCUUUCCUGCUGAAAUAAAAGUGGCUGGGAUGAACGCCCUUUAAAAAAAUGUGAACUGCAGUUUACCUUUUUGUGAUCUGAAGGCCAAGCUAGGAGAGGUGGAGAUUAUUGUGUACUGUUUAAACAAUUUCCAAAGCAGCUGUAGGUAGGGAUCAGAGUGGCCACACACAGGGAAGGAGCUCAAGAGCAAAUAACAAGGAGGCAGUUCAGCCAGGAAAAUGCAUAAGGACAUAGGAAGAUACUGUAUACAGAGUUGGACCAUCUAGCUCUGUACAGUUGGCACUGAGCAGCAGCAGCUCUCCAGGGAUUCAUGCAGGAUUCCCAGCCCCACCUGGAGAUGCCAGGGAUCAAAUAUGGGACCUUAUGCAUGCAAAUUAGAUGCUCUGCCGCUGAGCUGUGACCAUUGCCUGCUGUCCCCUGAGAAGGGUCAAAUCCCCCCCACCCUGCACUUCUGUUCUAAUGCAGUUUCCUUCACUUAAAAAAAAUGAAAAGGGAUGGGAAAUUAAUUAUUCACUCUAACUAUGAUGAGGUGUAAAAAGAAAAAAAUGAGCUGCUUCUUUAUUUAGCAUCAUAUAUGCAUCGUCCAGUUUCCUUGCUGCUCUGGUUGCUUGCAGAUCUUCCCUUGCAUUUGCUAGGCACUGUCCGGAGUUUGUUUGCUCAGCUGCACAAAACCAGGGGGUGGUUAGCAAAGGUUCCUGCCCUGCAGAUUAAGAGAGCUGAACAUAGUCACUCGAGCAAGCUGCAAGGGAGUGCAAGGGAAGGGGCCCACCCUGGCUGCAGUCUUCUCCAAUGGAGGCAACAGCUGUGGAAACCACAGACCUAAAGAUAUCGGGUGGUUUUCAGGGCUGCCCGAUUAUCAGUCUGGAAUUUUCAUCACAGAGCCACAAUAUUCUCUGUUUUUGCUUAGAGCUCUUGCAGAUGGAGAAAAGAACCCAGUUGUAUCCAUGCUUGGCACUCGACCUCUUCUCUCUCUCACAGCCACGCCACCACCACAGGGAAAGGCCCAGAGUGGCAGAGUCUGUGUCCUAGAUUCAGUUCCCAGCUUCCCAGUGGGUACCUGGGAAAGAUAUUUCUCUGUUAACUUAGGCAGCUGCUACCAGACAGUGUGAAGUAGAUGGCACAGAGCUAGAUUGAUUGAUUAUAUUUCUAUGCCAUUUUUCAUUCACAUGAAUCGCAAACUGGCUUACAAGCAAUAAAUAACAUAAUACAACAUCACAAAUAAUACAGAAAUCAUAUACGAUAAUGGACAAAUCAUCAGUUAACCAAUUACAAACGCUAUUCACAAAACAACUUUAAAAAAAAGCUAAAUAACACAAUUACAACAAAAGUUAUAUUUUAGGAUUCACUGCAUAAUCUAUAAAACAACAUUAACAAAAUAGCAACCAAAAAAUAAAUAAGGCCCUGUUGAUUUCAUACACACACUUCCCCACCUGCAUGACUUACAGUCUUCCACUCCAUGCAGUUCAUUGAAAGACACAUACACCCAAUGCCCAUGGCAGCAACUCCAUUCUGAAGGCUCCCAGGGCAGGAGGGUGGGGCAAGGCAGGUGGAACAAGCCGUUGCCUGGUGGGCAGCCCAGAGUUUCAUCCCCUUCACUGUUCUUCCUCUGGAAACAGCUCCAUUAUGGAGACUGGAGGGUGGGGCCUCAAGUGUUCACAGGCCGCUUUUUCUCAAAUACCCCAGGGACGUGAUUGCCGUGCGGCUUAGCAGUUUUCCUCUCUUGCCUAGCAAAACUCGGCAUCUCUGCAGUCUCUCACGCCCUCCCUCAUUUCGAGGGGUCUGCUUUCUUCUCCACCCUUCAGGCGAAGGGGAAGUUGCAGCACGAACCUGUUCAGAGCUUGGUGCGCUUGAGCCAGCCAGGAUCAGUGGGCAUGCGUAACUUUUGCAUGCAAUUGUCCCUGGCUGGGACAACAACAGAGAGGACCUGGCCACCCUGCUUGGACCUCCCUACUCAUGUCGUGUUGGAAUGUUAUGUGCCAUUAAAUAUACUUUUCAUACCAUUUGGAUGAGGUUAGCUGUCCAUACAGAUAAGCAUCUGUCAGGGGUUCUGCUGUGGAUGGGAGGCCCUAUAAUGUUGGGAACAUGAUGCAAAGCAAGCUGGACCACAUUGCUUUAGUUCAGUUUACCCUGAAUGUUAAUCCCUGUUCGUGUCCUUUGGCAUGCAGGCUUGUGGUAGCAGUUGAAGAAGCUUUCACCCACAUUAAGCGCCUUCAGACAGAGGAGCAGCCGAAAGCCCCGGGUGACGUGAUGGAUCCCCGCGAGGCAGCUCAAGCCAUCUUCCCAUCCAUGGCAAGAGUGCUGCAGAAGUACCUGCGCACUACAAGGCAGCAGCACUACCAUACCAUGGAGAGCAUCCUGCAACAUCUGGCCUUCUGCAUUGCCAACAACAUGACACCAAAGGUACUGCAGGAAUGCCACUAUUGGCACAGAAUUCAGCUGUCUGAGCAUCUCAGCUUUCUUUUACACGUUGCCAACCAUUGCCACAGGUUGCAAGGAUAUGCUUGAAAGUGUGUGGACACCCAGUAGGGACAGGGUUGCUGAAUUCUACUUUUUGUGUGUGCAAACGUCUUCAUUUAUUCAUUUUAUGCCACUGGCUGCCUAUAUUCCCCCCUUGUAAACCCCUUGGAGGCAGGCAAACAACAGUGUUGGGGUGUGUGUGUGGAAGAAUGGGAACAGCGGAUCACAGCAGCAUUGGAAAUUCAGUGUUACGGGAUAAUUGGCCAUCCCUUGCUCUGCUCACUUAGGAACACCCUUCUCCCUUUGCUGACCACAUCCCCACACUUGGUACCCUACUCCCCCCCCUUGGGUUUGUUUCUAGAGAACAAGAAGGGAGUCACAAGGGGGGUUGCAAACAUUAGGAUUCUGCUGCCUUGCACAGUGCCAAGCUGUGCACGUCCUUGUUUUGCCUGCUGGCAGUCCCCGUUUCAGCUGGGUUGUGUUGAGCCUGAAGCGAAGGCCUUCCAGCUCCAUAGGGAGACAAUGUCCAAAAGUGUGGGUUCCUCUGCUCUUGGGCCUUCUUCGCUGCAAGAGAGCCCCUCAAACUGCUUCCAGGAGGUUUCUCUGCCAAGUGAGAGAGCACCUCCUGAUUCCUUCCUCCUUUCUUUGUAUGAAGAAUACGGAAGGAGUCAGGAGAUGCUUUCUCGCUUGGAAGCCCCAAACUUUGUAUAGCAUCUCUAAGGCAGUGUUAGAAGCUCAGAGAUAUAAGCUAGGGGCCAAAUCACUUCAUAAACCAGGGUUGCAGUUGCCAAAACUGAAUGUCUGGUUGGCGUUUUGGGGCAAUACGGCUCUAAAAUCUUAUUUUUCAAAUGAUGGACUGACUGUGAUUAAUUGUCAGUUAAACAUUUGGCUCGUUCAGAUGACUACCUUGAGCUAGGUUAAGAACUUUGAGAACUUUAUCCAGUGACUGUCCAUAUAUAUAUUGGCAUAUUCCUAUGUCUUUUUCUUAAUGGUGACAUGGAGCAUUCUUAAUGUAAGAACAUUAUUCACAACUGUGAACAGAGCAGUGGAGUGGAGUAAGGGAAAACAAGCUACAACAAUUAACUGUAAUGUUGUUCACUGCUCCUGCUCAGGCUGCACAGAAGAAGCAUUUUGGUUCUUGAAAUUCAUUCUGAUUGUGCAGAUAGAAUGUAACUGAUAGAAUUCCACAGGAUGUGGUAUUGGUGUGUGAAAACAAGUCAAGAUUAAAUGACCCCCAGGCAUGCACCUCCAGAUAGUGGAGAUAGGUUGCAAGUGGCCAAUAGUCAAACUGUGCCUGGUGUCUGGCUAAUUUCAAACACUGCUCUAGGGCUACAUGCUAGAUAGCGUUGGUGUUUGCUGGAGCUUUUGGUUUUUGGGAAAGGAGGGGAGAAAACAUGGUUGUGCUGUGAAACUUCCUGUGGAACGGUAUCUCUUCCUCUUUUUUUGUGCCCCCUCCCAAUUUCCCGGAGAUGGUUCCUUCAUUCUGCCAUCAGAAUAUCUCCUGAAUAUCACCCCCAUGCUUCCCAUUUUAAGAAAGGAUGCUACUGGGUGCUAAAGAUAGCACACGAGGGCUGCUCUCAGCCUGCCCCCUGAAAAGGCAGAUGAGAAGAUAAGACAGUUCCACAGGUAGCUUUCGGAACACAACCCUGAGGGGCUGCUCCCUUCUCUUUUCAUAGGAGGGAGAGUAGGCGCUCAUCUGGGAACAAGUCAUAUUCACAGGUGAGUGGUUAUCAGCCACCCUGGCUUAUAGAGAUUGAGCAAAUGGCCCGGAAGAUUGAAGCACAGCUGAACAGUGCAGUCACAAAUUUCCCUUUGCUUGCUUGCAGCGUUUUCUGCCUUCCACCUUGCCUCAUUACAGAGCGUCAUCUGCACAUGGGCAAACGCCUUAUCACUCCUAGAAAUCUCCAGAUUCUGCUGCCAUUAUGGACAGGUGCAUUUCCAGGUGUCUCUGUAGGCACACAGAACCACAAGUUCUACAUAGCAACCCUGAUAUUAAUGUCCUCUUUACAGUUUUGCCCUUGGGCUCUACAUUCACAGUGGAGUGGCUAUUCUUCAGCUUCCUGUCUUGAGUCCGUCCAUCCAGCUGCUAAGUGAUCUAACCAUGAUAGUUACCAGGAGUUUUAGUGUGCAUGGGAACAGUUUAUUGGCUCUGCUCUUCACAGCAGUGAGUUCUCAACAAGCUUCUGGCAGAGUUUCUCUGCCACACCCCAGUGUUUGCACUGAAUAAAAUAGAAGUGGUAUCGAGCAAGCACCUGAAAGCAUAACUUGUUCUUCCAGGUGUGUAAGCCAAUGCCCUUUGCUUCCCAGCCGGUAUUUUGUCAGCUGUCUUUGCUUUUGCUCAACAGAGGUCUGCAAGUCAAGGAUAGGGCCCUUCAGUAAAGAGUUGGAAGGGCGAGGGGCUGCUGGUCACAUGGAUCUGGUGUGGAGAAAAUGACCUCGAUCCUGCGCUGUUGGCAGAGCAGCUCAUUUCAUUGGGCCUGAGUGAUACUGCUUUUGUAGUUCCUCUAAAACUCCAAAGUCUUCCUUUGCUUAUGGCAGAUAACAUAGAGACCUGGAAAGGGGACUAGACGGAACUACACGGGACAUUGUCCUGUAUAAUCAAAUUAAAAUGGCAGUUGUAUUUUUUGAGCUGAAAAGUUACUGGACAACACUGGACCUCAUUUUCCCUUCUUUCUUUUCCCAACUGCUUUUCUCUAGGCUUUUCUGGAACGUUACCUCAGUCCAGGCCCAACCCUGCAGUACAACAAAGAUCGUUGGGUCUCCAAACAUUGGACGCUGAUUAGUGAGGAAGCUGUUACAAAAGGAUUAAGAGAUGGUAUUGUGUUCGUCCUCAAGUGCUUGGACUUCAGCCUUGUUGUUAAUGUGAAGAAAAUUCCAUUUAUCAAACUCUCAGAGGAGUUUGUAGACCCCAAAUGUCAUAAGUUUGCCCUUCGCUUGCAGUCUGAAACAUCAGUCUAG